CCCUUCUUUCUUUUUUUCAGCGCGAAGACAGAAGCCACUGUGGAGAUCAACAGGUCUGCAGGAGCAGCUCGGCACACUCUGGGAGUUUCUGCGGGACUUGAACGGGAUGAACGUGGCUUUGUUUUCUAACCUCUACCCGCAUCCGUCCCGCACCUCCAUGUGUGGACCCUGAAAAGUGCGCUCUUCUCUUGAGGGCUGCUGCGAAACAAGAAGAAAGAAAUAGAAGAGAGUACUCGGCUGCAAAGAAGCUCUUAAAUCCGGAUGAAACUGUAUUAAGUUUGAGUUUCGCAUCAUUUCUGCAGAGUUUGCUGAAAUCUGCCGCGAUGUCUUCGACCCCGAGGACUUUUUUCUGGAUGCUUUUCUUGUUUCAAAGUCUGAGAUGUGAAGGUGAGUCUCAUUCACACUGCAAACACACAGAGAAACGACGUGAUGCACUACACUACAGAAUAGAAAAUGGGUUUAAAGUAAAGUUUCUGCUCAGUUUGCGUAAAAACUUUUGGCACUGCAGUUCUCAGCGUGCGUACUGAUGGAUGCUCUUUCACCAUCUUACUCUUCAUCUUAUUUGUUGCAGUAAAGUCAAAUACAAAGUUGAACUGGGUCUAUUUAGUUGCAUUAAGUUACAGAUUUGAUCUCCAAUAUGCAGGAAAGUUUUCCCUAAACUGAGUCUCCCCGCAACUGCGUAAAAUACCUUAAAUCUCCUGAGGCGUACUGAAAUUUCAAAGUUACUCCAACACUUUAAAUUUGAGCUCUAACUUUUCAGAGCUGUGCAGGAAAACUAAGGAGUUCAUCUUUUUUAUUGACUAAAGUGUUUGAUGUGCAUUUAACUUUUAAGCUGAUUAAGUGGAGAGGUGGAGGAUGGGUAAGGGGGGUUGGGUUGAGUGUCUCCCCCUUCUUCUCUCUGAGUUUCUGCGGUCACCUCAUCUCCUCUCUCGGCUUGCUGACAUGUGUUCCUGGAGCUCCUGGCCUGGAUUUGAAAAGGUGCCUGUGUGAGACUCAAAGGGCCUCUGUGUCGUUGUCAUGUUAAUUGGUCGCAUAGCUCGAGGUGCUCGCGCGUCUUUGUCAGUCAUGUUAAUUCAUUUACUCCCCCAGCAGGGGGGUGAGGAGUGGGGGAGAUUUCCUGUUUUCGGCUCUGAGGACUCACCAUUUGGUAUGAAGUGAAAGAGGGUACUGGAGGUGGAGCGAAGGGGCCUAGAUGACCCCUAACCCCCCCUUCCUUGACUCUAAGUUGUAGGUGUUUCUGUCUGUUGAGGACAGAGUGAAGAACUGAGAGGUUUACAAUUAGAAACAAUAAAGCUGAAAACAAAAACAUAUUUACAGACAGCUUUCCUCUUUGUGAACAAACUGGUCCGAGUCAAACAGGAGGAAAAGUUUGUCUUUUCUGCACAAGGUUUGACUUUUUAGAAAAUCCCUGUAUCUAACAUGGGACUAUGUUUUUGAUCAGCACACUCAAGUGGGAAUGGACACAUGAAUGAGAAACAUUCUAGUGUCAUUCCUUUAAAACUGCAAACUUACAAGAAAAUUCACAGCAACUCUGGUUAUUUGACAGAUCAUACCAGGUAGUUUUGAUGUCUUUUAUUAUGCAAAGGUCUGUAGAGGAUCUUUAACAGGAGAAACAUGCUGCAGAUGCUUGAACACUGUGGGGUUAAAAACAUGCAAAGUCCAUAAUGACUGUAACAAAACCAAACCAUGCUGCAAAAUCAACAUGCUUUAAGUCUCAAGGGGCCUUUUGUUCUGCUGGUAUCAUCUUUGUGGUUUUUCCUGGUUUUUGUGCUAUUGACUCUGCAUCAAUGUAGUCAUCUUCUGCAUAGUUUCUGUGAAUGCAACAGAUUUCUUUCAUUUUUUUCCCUUGCAGUAGAUUGUUUCAUUUCUCUGGUUCAUUUGUUCAAAGCUGUAACUUAAGGUCUAAAUCCACAUCUCCAGAUGAAGUUGAGUUGAUCUCAAGAUGCUACAUCAAUGAGAUUACCAGGAAGUUGGCAAUAGUUCCCAUCUACUCUGUCAUUUUCUUUUUUCUCCUCGAAACUCAUGUUUGACUGCAAGAGGCUCCGUGAGAAUUUUAGUUUUGACAGUAUAGGACGAGGGAUGAGGACUCAGUUAGCUUACAAUUACAUGCAGCAUGUCAGCCCGUUUUGUGGAAGUGGGUGUCUCCAUGACUCUUGGACAGGUCUCACCAUAGAGUUGUACAAUACCAUCGCUUUCAUUCACAGCUGGGGGUGAAAGGCCGCUUUCUUUCAGACAUUCAAUCCCGAAAACUUAGCUGACUGGUAAAAAAUGUUCAGUUUGUGAGCGCUUGAUUACUCAUUCUAAAAGUUAUUUGAUUACUCAAACAUGGAGAUUACUGGAAACGCCCAUCCCCAUACAGGACCACUUUAUUUAAGACGUAUCAGUUACUUGGAAUGAGAGCGGUGUGAACAUCCAAGAAAAAACACAAGGCAGGGAGAGCAGCAGCAAAGACCUCAGGGUACAGAACAGAGCAGUAUUAGGUCUUAAAGGAGAACCCCGUUUUCUUCAACCUAGGCCCUAUUUUCCCAUGUGGUUGUGUGUACCCAACUGAUGGUGAGAAAAAUUUCUGAAACUGGUCCAGUAUUGAGGGAGAACGAAGCAGCUGGCAGCCACCAAACCAGCUAAAAGAUAGUUUGACUAGGUGAUUGUGAGUCUUCAAACUCAUCUGCAUGUCCUUUUUAUACAAAGGAAAACUCCUGACUAUUAGGGAAACAUGGGAAUAAAAUCUUCCAGGAGCAGGUUGUCCUGAAAUUUCCUAGAAGUUUUUAAGGAUGCGGAGAACCCUCAGUGUUCAGUGUCCAGGCGGCAGCUGUGACUGUGGUGGAGGUUUUUAAUGAGCAGCAUGACUCACUGUGUAGGCUCUAAAACAGGAAGGCUGAUCUGCAGCCAGAGGGCCUUCCUUCAUGUGGUGAGAGCUCCAUCACAAUCAUCUUCUCUGUGAUCAGCUUUAACUAAUAUGACACCAGGCUUCGACAUAAACAGCUGCUGAAACUAGAGGAUAACAUGAAAAUAUUCUGAGGACUCGACACUUUCUGAUUGGUCAGCAUUACUCAGGGUGAUGUAAGCGGCAUUAAAGCAAAAGUUCAGCCUGGUUAAACUGUUCCUCAUCAUUGUUUUGUUAAAGCUCCCCUGUGAUGACCCUCCUGCUGUGCAGACUGAAUGACUCCAUUCAGAUUAAUGACAGUGUUGGGGGAGGGAUGGGGGGUCUUUACACUAAGAAAAGGUCAGGUAAGAAGCUGUUUACAUGGAAAUGUGUUAAGUAGAAAUUGGGAAACUAUUGUUGUGUUUUGGCCAAUCCAUCACCCAGAACUGGCAUUUUAGGCAGCUUUAAAAACAGAGUUCAGACAUGUUAGCCUGACUGAAAAUGUUAGCAUACCUAGAUGAUAAUGUUUGGGACAAAUUUCCCCAGUAUAUCAGCCCCAAACUGGACCAGACUUAUAGUUACUAGCUGAAAGGGGACAUAUCGCCCCUUACUCUAGUUGGCCAUGCUUUCGUCAAUGAGUUGAUUUUUCGUUUGGUACCUGUAAGCUGUGACAAGGACAGUCACUGAGUCCAGUAAAGUGGUCUAUUAAAGCUUUAACUAGGGAUGCACUGGUCCGAUAUUUAGAUUGGAUAAUCGGCUCCAAUAUUGACAAAUUAACUGGAUCGGGUAUCUGAUGAAUGACGCUGAUCCAGCGUUCCGAUCCAGUUAUUUUUUUCUUUUAAUCCAGAUCAUAAACAGCAACACAAUGAUUCUGUCCGCUCUGUAUUCUAUGUCUGUCUAUCCUUUUGCACUAAAUGUUUAAAUGGAAGUCUUACUUCUUUUCACUGUGUGCUAAUGUGCAAUUUAUUAUUUUUUAAUCAAUAAUGAGUCAUGUUAUUUCUCUGUUAAUAUCUUAAUUUUUUUUUUACAAGGCUAAUGUCAAGCCUGAUGCCUUCAGUCACAGGGCAAGGUAUACAGUCCAUUCAUCCAACAGUUGUAUCGCAUCGGUAUUGGAUAUCGGCUGAUUCGCUCAGCCCAGGUAUCGGUAUCGGAUUGGAUUGGAAAAAAGUUAAAUUGGUGCUUCUCUAGCUUUAACUACAGCUCUGCUUAUCAGAGCAUGCUGAGGUGACAUUUACAAGACAAACAACAGAGACCCACUCUAUGAUGACAGUCUUUAAUAUUAAGAUCAAUGCUAAUCAUAAACAGAUGGUGUGCAGAGUAUGUCAUCACUGUUCACAUCUUGGAAAUGAUUCUCAAGUAGCAUAAUAAAGACUUCAUCACCCCCAUUGGCUCGCUCAAUUGCUUGUGGUUAAAUCUGUAAUAUUUCCUGGUGCGUCUCAUAUCAGUUCAUCAUGAUUUCAUUGGAAAAAUCCUGGUUUAGUCAGGGAAAACAUUCCAGCUGUGAAAACUUCCAUGAAAAAUUCAGGUGCGUGUUGUCUAUGUGUGUCAUCAGUAAGAAGUCAAAGUGACUUAAUAACUUUACAGGGUGUUAUUCUGCACACAAAGUACUUAAACUUUUGAUAUUUGAGUAUAUUUUAGUACAUUUUUCUAGUACUUAUCAUUCCACUGGUAUGAUAAGUAAUUUGACUUGAGGACUUUCACCUGUCCUGGCGGGUUGUUAGAGUGUGGUAAACUGUGGUAUUUUAAUUUUCCUCAGUAUAAUCUUGCAGCACUUCCUUCUCAUCAGGUGCACUCGCUCUCUCUCUUUCCCAGUCUCAUUUAGGUUUCCCAUUAGAGCUGUUUUAGGUGAUGUGUCAGUAUGAAGCUGUGGCUGCAGAAUAACAGGCAGUAAAACCUGCAGUUUCUCUUAAAUAAAACAACUUGUUGCUUCAUUUUAAACCGAAGCCUCCCCGGCUGCUUUGUUUUCAGAGUGUCUGUGAUUGGCUGCUCUCCUGAGUGCUGAUAUAAAACAGCAGGUGAGGCUGAUUCAUGUGGAGUCAGAGGAAACUAACUUUUCAUGCCAUAAUGUUGUUGAUGCCUCAGUGCUAAAUUAGACGCAGUUUGAUAAAUGCAUCUGCUGCAGGAGGCGGAGCCUGUCUGUGGUCUGAAUGAACUAAGGUCUCUGUUAUUUCGCUACAGGCCAGGCUCAUGAUGAACUGUUAAAUGCACACACAGUUUCAGUUUUAUAGCAUUUACGGUGGAUUCUGUAAUGCUUAAGUUUCUGUUUUUUUCCUCCAUCCAUGUUCCUCCAGCCAAGGAGUUAGCCAGAGGUCACAACAUUAAUGUGGAGUUUGCGGAAAUAUGAGCGAGAACUUAAAGUUUUCCCCCUGCUUUUACAGCGAGGAAGUUAAUUUAGCUGUGAGACAUGAAAACUUUACUCUGAAGGAAGAGAAGAACAGUUGAUCCAGAGACAGUUUAUCCUUCAGUUAUCUGACCAAGCAGAGAGUCAGAGAGGUCAGCUGUCAAGGACUGAAGAUAAGAAGAUGAAGAUGAUUGCCUGUCUGCAGACUCUUUACAUAAAUCAUUUAAUUUUCUGCAACCACUCCAGAUCACUUCCAGAAACCAUUGUCUGUGAACUCGGUUUAUCACUGCAUCCACAGAUGAGGUUAAAACCGAGUAAUGCAAGAGGAAACAAGACAGAAACGUGAUCCAGAAACACCAGAGACUUCUCUGGACCUGAGCCCGUUAAAGAUGGACUGAGGGGAAGAGGGAGAGUCUCCUGAGGUCUGAUGAAUUGACCACAUUGAAAUUCUUUUUGGAAAUUGUGGAUUUAAAAAAAUGAGAUCGCUUUUCGACUCAUGGGUUUCAACUCGAUUUAACAUUCUUUUGUCAAUCAUUGAUACUGCAAAAUUUGACAUUUAGUUUGGAAACCGUAGAUCCUGCAUCCUCUGCUCUAUAAAGGAGAGACAUCACCCAACUAUCAUCCAAAUAUCGUUGUCAUAACUUGCCUUGAAAUAUCGUGAUAUCAUUUUGAGGCUAUAUCGCCCAUCACUAAUGGGAAACAUGACCCUCUAAGUACUUUUUAAAACACUGUUGCUACAUUGCAUUUAAAAAUAAACAGAUAUCUUUCAUAAAGCAGCACCAGUUUUCAGUUUCAACAUUGAGUGCUUUUCAAACCAUCAAUAUCUGUCAUUCUCAUCAUUUUACAUAGUGUCCUAAUUGUUUUUAAAUUGGAGCAGUAGCAGGAGUGCAGGUGCACGCUAUAGAUGGUGGUUUAAUUACUUAAUGUUUAUAUUUGUCUCGUGGGAACCUUUAGUAUCAGCUCCUCAUCUCAGACUUUCCUUGCUGUUCUUCCUCCAUCUGAUCUGCUCUCCUCCCUGUCCUUGCGGCCACACUAAAAGCUUUGUUCUGAGGAGAAGUUAAUUGCUGACUGGUGACAGCUUUCAGAGUAGAGGAGCUGCUGCAGGAAGGCUGCAGGCUGUUAUUGUGUUAAAGCAUAGAGAGAUGGACCACAACAUACAGAAACAUCUAAACUCAGUGGUUUUAUAUCUUCACAGAUGCAAGCUUUGAUACAUGCCGGUUUAAGGGAGCGAUGAAAGACUGAAGAAUGAGAUCUCUUCAGUUGGUGCAAAACUGGAAAUUCCUCUCAGGAAACUUGUUUGAAGUGCUAAUGGAGUUUGUAAGGGAGCUGAAUCAACCAGUUUGAAGCCAAAAACCUGGCUUGUUGCAAAAUGGAGUUUGUUUGGAGGUUAGAGUUGAAGACAAUGCUGAGGCGAAGGGGGCAAAACUGAAAACUGAAAACAGAGCGCAUCUGCCAACAACCCAGAGUGCAGGAUUUCUGCUUUGUAUUGACGGUUUAAGCUUCUGUUUACCGGAUCCAUGCAGGUUGUGGGCAAAUGCAAGCUGAAGCAAGUAAUCCUUUGCAUGCAGAAAAUGUGGUAAAUAUUUUCGAAGGGUGCUGGUUCAGCUCAGUGGGAAAACUGUCCUUGAAGCAGCGUGGGAUUUGACACCCAUCCUCGCCCAUUUGCUGCAUUACAACCUCCCAAACCUCUCCUCCCUGAGUCAGACUCUUUUUACUAUCCUCUUAUCUGAGUAAAACAUGCAAAAGCCAAGAACUAAACCUAAUUUGUAUUUGAAACAAAUAAGGAGAGUUUUACCAGAUCAUUUUCCAUUUCUAUACCCUAGAGAGGAAUAUAUGAAAACAGACAUGUAUUGGCAAAUACAAAAUGAACUAACUUAGAUGUUCCUCUUCCUCUUCUUCCUCUCUCUCUCUCUCUGACAGCAGGUAUUACACUCCCCCUUUUUGUGCAGGAACUGUGAACAUGCAGAAACACUUUAACUCUGUUUACACCUUGUAUUUGUGCAGGACGUCCAUGGUGAUUUGAUCACAAGUGCAAAGCUCUUAGUGGGUCACCUCACACCUGGCACUCGUGUGUGUGUGUGUGGAGUAAACACUCCUGAUUGGAUCUGUGUUUGCAGAGACAGAGUGAGUUGUUGAUUUUAACCUGUGGGUAAAUGGAAAUCGGACAACAUGUUUUCUCUGAGCUUCAUCCAGGAGGGUCAGUUCUGCAGUUUCUCUCAGCGUGAGUGUGUUUGUCUAAGAUGCUGUCGGCCGUGAUCAUUCAUGUACAUCCAAAUGCAGCUCAGGCCGAUUCUGAAGGUUUCCUGAGUCAUCAUAUCUUUGUGCAUCUUUACAUUUCUGCCGUGUGUCCACACCUUCACUCAGGAAGAAAGCUUAUUUUAAUGCACACAUGGUACUGUGAGGUAAAUCUCAGUAUUUCUGUUAUUGGCCCAUAUUGCUGAGUCCAUAUCAAAGCAUAAUGAUCAGUAUCCAAUCAAUCAGUUUGUGCAUCGCAAUACUUUAUUUACAAAAGUCUACCUUGGACCGGUGUUGAAAAUCUGCAUCUUGCUAAAAACACUAAAUGCAUUGAGUAUGGUUAAUAAAUAAAACAGCGAGUUAGGUAAAAAGCUAGCUGUCAGGGUAAUUCUCUUCAAGCUACAAAGACUAGGUCCUUUAAAAGCUGCAACCCCUGACAAAUGCUGCGGCUAAAUUUGAUGCUGAAGUGUAAUCCAGACUAUUCCAAAAUCAGUGACAACCUCUUCACAGUGGCUCGAAUGAAGAAGUGGUGUCAGCCUCACAACCAAGACUUCCAAUAAAACCAGACUAAACUGAGAUCUACAGUCACCUUUUUAAUAACAAUGAAAAUUCUGCCAAACCAAAGACCUUAACUUUUAUCAAAAUAAUCUAAAAGGAUUCAAAUAAACAGCAGACUAAAAUUAGACUGUUCUACAAACACAUAAUGAAGGUUUAUUUCUCAGUUUAAUCCCCCAGUGUAAAAAUAAACUGGUGCUGGUCUGGUAACCAGCUCCCUGCUGACCUACUUUAGUCGAAAUCUGUUUAUUGUUACUCGGGGUGUGACAGGAAGGGAUGACGGGCCACGCCAAGGUCAAAGAAAAUAUGGAAAAAAAAGUCGUUUUCACACCCUACAACACUACGAUUAGAUUAUGAUGUCUCCUCUAAGCUUGCUGUUGAUUUCUUUCUGAAUGAAUGAAGAUAAAUCAUGACUCUUGAGUGUGCAUGCUGCAGAACGGUGAACAUGAACCGAGAAAGAUCAUAAGCUCUGUGAUGAAAUCUGAAAAAAGACUCAAUGUCGUUUUUCCUCUCCUGUGUUUGUUGACGGGAGGUGACAACAAGGAGAGGAAUUACACUCAGGAAGUUGUUCUGCUGUUUGCUGGUAUGUUUCAGGUCUGGCACUAAUUAUAAUCCGGGAUCUGGGACUCAUUAGAGCGAUGAAGACAUUCCCAUGAACGGGCUCAGUGUGGGUCGACGUGUAGACAGGAUGGACUCUAAAGCUGUGUGUUUAAGACGCAUUACUUUGGUAGCUUUACAAACGUCCUGUUUUCUUUGGGAUCAGCAGUUUAAUAAAGUUUGCAGCUACUUUAAAGACGGUGUUUUACUCGAACGUGCAUUAAAAACAUACACGAUCGCACGUUGGUGUAUUUAUGUUUUAGAGAGCAAGGUUUGAGAGGCCUGAUGGGAACAUGUGCUGCUGAUUAUGGAGCCUGUAAACAGAAACAGAGGAGGAGGAGGAGGAGGACUACAAGUGUUCUCUGAUUUUUCAUCAUGUUGCUAAAACCUCUGCUGUGUGUUUAUAAAUGUAAGGAGAGCAAACAGACGACAUAGAGGUGGAUACAAAGAACGAUAAGUAACUUACUACACAGAAUGGGUGGAGAUUUAUAGUUUUCUACCAGGUUAAAUUAUUUACAAUAUUGUGAAUGAUUAAUGUAUGCAAAAAUAUUCUUUUUUAAAAUUGAGUUAAUUAAAGGAAAAAAAGAUUUUCUUUUGCCAGUAAAAAAUUAGCAAAGUGUCCCACAAAGCCCUGAAAGUCCCACAAGAGGAUUCAUCAGUCAAUCAUCAAUCAAACUUUAUUUAUAGAGCACUUGUCAUGCAUGGACAUGCAACACAAAGUUCUUUGCAUACGUAGAAAAAUAGAAAUAUGGAAGAAAAAAAAAACAAUUACAAAUAAAGCCCCUCCCUCCUACCCUCCAUACUACACAGACACACGCACACACGUGCACCCUCACACUCUCACUACUGACAAUAUGGAGACAUGGCAUUACUCUGAGGAUUGAGGAAGCGCCAUCCUGUGGGCCAAACUAGAUCUCUGAAAAUCUUUUUCACCACCUGAAGCGGUGCCAUGUGGCAGAGCACGGGCAAUUCAAAAGAUUACAAACCUGAGUGGAGCGAGGAGCCCAUGGCACCUGUGCAGCUGAAACAGCCGACUAUUCAAUCCGCUUUCUCUAGCACAACGCCCUACGACAAAACGUCGAAGAGACACAAAGACCUCAAAGACGCAGCAACUUAUUGUUUUGCAAAAGACAUACACCCAAUAAGCACUGUUAAAUUUUAUUUUUUAUAUCGUGAUAUAUAUCGAUAUUGACUGAUAUGAAAAAAAUAUAUAUUGUGAUGAACUUUUUCCCAUAUCGCCCAGCCCUAAGUGCCAGUAUCAAAAGUAGUAUCUAUUCGGUGUCAGUAUUAGGGUUAAUAACGGUAUCACCAUCCUUAUUGACAUCAAUAAUGCUUUUAAUGCUCUUUAUGUAUCUGUAUCAGUGUCAGUAUUGUAAUGUCUUUCUUGGGUGUCAGUAUCAAUACCUGUUUCAUUGUAAACAGCUGUAUUAGUAUCUGUACGGGCAUCUGUAAUCUGUAAAGUUUUGGUGUAAGUAUUGAUACAUGUUGGGAGUUUUGGCACCUGCUAUGAUAUUAGUAUUAUGAGGGCCCAAUCAUUAAGUGGUGUGAAAGCUUUCUAGUCAUCAUAAUACGGACACACACACACACUUACUUUAGUAGUCGGUGUAGUAGUCCCUGAGUUUGCUCUCUCUUUGUAAACACAGUCCUCAUAUAUCACACCCUCUCAGUGUGUUGGGGGUCUCUGUGUUGGGAAGUUUUAUCAGUUGUUUGGUUUUAAAGUUUCCUGCAGCGCCUCUUGAACCGUGUUACAUAAACUGUAUAGUCUGUUCAGAGAGGAUAAGCCCCGCCCCCUCCAGCCCCAACACACCACUCUGUCUAUCCACACACUCAGAGGUUAGAGGUCAACUGGAGGAGCUGUCAGGCCUUUCUGCAUUAGUCUGAAAAUUUAAGAGGAUUCUUAAAAGAGUUAAUAACCAGGAGAGUUGGAUAAUUUAUCCUUUUGUUUCUCAGAAAAAGCAGAGGAGUUUUUCGUGAAUGGUUUUCAUCAUCCUCUGUGUUCCUGGCUCUCGUCUUUUUGAGAUUAUUGGACAUGUGGAGCCACUGGCAUGUUUUUGAGUCUGUUCAUAAUUAUGCUGUUAACGUGUCCCAGGAUGUGUUCUCGUGUUUAAUGGUGCAUAUUUCUCCACCUGUGUAACCGUCCUCAGAGGAGGGUUUUUUUUUUGUCUUCAUGUAUAUUUGUCCGCAUUCCUCUUUAACUGGAUUAAUACAAACAGAAUUAUUUCCAAACGUGCAGAUCUCCACAUGCUGGUCUUGAUUUAUUCGGAUUGAUGAUUGUGGUAAAAUCUCAACAUUGUGGAUUUUUUGAAACAAAGAGAAACAGAUGUGUUUGAGCCUGUUGUGAUGCAGAUUGAUUCAUUGGAAAACUUUUUAAGAGGUUUAAAGAGUGAAUCGACUGAACAAGGAGUGUGAAGAUCACCAAAUAUGGAGAUUUGACUCUGUUGGAUAUGAGCUGAGUCGAUUAGAAAGCAGCUGAGUUAUCAGAUCAAAAUUCAUCCCCCUCAUAACAACAUCAUGAUGCAGAUUAGUAAAAAUUAAAAGUCCAGCUUUGCCAGAUCUGACCUCAAGAGGAGAAGAAAACUACUUUGUUUGUUGAAUGGAGGUCAGAGCCAUCAUUUCUGAUGCAUUCAGGGAAGUCAGGAGAUCUAAUUGCUGAUUGUCUUACGUGACUCAGCAUCAAGCAAGUGUAAAUGUUUGAUCUAAACCAAACCCUCAUGCAGAUAUUUGUUUAUACAGAGAAAUAAAUCCUCCUCAGACUACGAUGGGAGCUGAGGUAACUGUGGAUUUUGAUACUCCUGUUUUUGCUCUUCAUAUAGACGGUUUUCCCUGCUGAUACCUGAUAUUCCUCAGACCACUAACGGAACAGUUUUUCAUUCAAAACAUUGUAUAAAACAUUCUUCAUUCUCAGUGUCAGCCAUGUACUGCAUAUCUGUCUGUCCACCUUCAUAUUUUGUGCCAAAAUAUAAAUGAAAGAUUUUGUUUCAGAGAUUUUUCACAGAAAAUGCGAUGACCAAGUUCAAGGGUUUUCUUCCCAAAGUGCUUCAGUCAAGGGGGAUAAUACUCGUGCAAUAACUGGUCAGUAUGGUCCUGUUAUAAGAGCUUCAUGUCCUUCCAUGUACAUACACGGACUGCUAAAGCCUGAGGCAGGAAGAGCACACCUUCCCUCCUGUUGUAUGUGUAUACAUGAAAAGCCAAGGCAGGGAGAGCAGCAGCAAAGACCUCCUGGGUAUAAAACGGAGCGGCAUCAGUUACAAUCCAUAUGAUACUGGAAAAAUCAGACUCAUUAGAAUAAGGGGGAGCUGAGGUGUAGGCAGGUUGCAAAGUAGUGGGCAGAGAAAAGGGCUGCCUGAACUAGCACUAAACUUCAUUUGUAUGUUGAUCAGAAAACUGAAAAACUAUGAAGACUUUAAAAUCUGCACAAUUCCUACAGUCUCUUUUAAAAUAUCAGUCUUGUAAGUUUAAUAAUCAGUUGACAUGAAGUCAAUAGUGUGUAAAACAAUAAAGGACAUGCAUGCAAUUCUACAUCUUGUUACAGGCUGUUCACUUCAAGAGAGCUGCAAGAGUGAAAAUAAAUACAUUAAGUAAAGAUUUAAGUGAAGGAGUGCAUGAAAGAGUUUGUGUUGAUGGAUUCAAAGUGAAGCAAGACGAGUCAAACAUGCUGAAAGCUCUGAGUGUGCGGCGGUCGGCCUUUACAGUCGUCCACAGCUCUGUGGAAAUAUGUUAACAACAGUCCUGUCAGACUAACAGCCCGUCCCUCCUCCUGCUGCAGAUGCUUUGUUAAUCAUAGCCCAGAGUCGGGGGCCGCAGAGGAAGACUUUUACAGGAAAAUGGAGCUAAAAGCUGUAUUAUAUUAUGCUGUGUUGUAACUUUCUGCUGCACAUUCCCCCUCAGACUGUUUGUAUGAGGGAAAAAAAUGACAAAGAGCCGCCACAGAGAAAGAUAAACAGUUGACACUCGGCUUCUUUCUCCCUGGUUUUUCACAGGCCGAGCUUGGUAUGCACACGCUUAUCAGAGAGCCAAUAAAAUGUAAAUGACCCCUCCUCUCAGCCCCCACUGUCUCCUUUAUUGUCCUGUCUUUCAGCCUCCAAAUGGCUAAAUAUUUGAGGGGAAGUGUCUGCGUUUUUAUGAGAUGGCCAUUGUUGUUGUAGCUCAGUCACAGGGAUGGAUUACCCUUGUGUGAUGAGGGCUCUCAUGAGGGCGGGAGAGAUACCAUCAGAGUCUGUAAAGUGGAAAUUCUUCCUCAGGCGAGUGAUACCAUCUGACAGACCAGAGCGCCGUGAUGCCGUCAUUAUGUCUCGAGACUGUAAACUUGUUUUACACGCGUGUUUAUGUGGAGAUGUUGAUGCAGACACAUCUGGAGGAGGUUUUGGAUCUGAGAGCGACUUCAGCACUGUCACUUUUCUGAGGCAAAGCUGCUCUUGACCUAGAAAUGCUUCACCUAUAACUGAGGAGAAAACAGUUCAGAGGCCAGGUUUAGAAUCAUGUUUAACUUAUUGUCUAGAAUUAUUUUAAAUCAUUGAAAAUUGCAGAUGUUUGAGGCUGAGAGAGUUGCCUUGAAAUGGGGGGCAUGUCCCAGGAUGUGAUUUUGUAAAGUGAGGCUUACAGAAGCUGUUUGACAAAGUAAAAAAAAACUGACCACUUCACAAUAGUCAUCAGGCUGCAGUCACACUAAACUAUUUUCAGGAUCCAGGCAGCUGACAAUGUUAAACUGUUAACGACCAUUUAGAGUCAUAAUUUAACAAGAAUCAAGAGCAAAAAGUAGAAACAGCUAAAUAAACAAUAUUGAUGUCAUAAAUUUAGAAGAAUAAAAGUGCAACUUUAAGACAAUAAACGUAUAAACCUAUAAGACCAAAGCUGUGAAUGCACAAAACUGCAUUUUUAUAAGAUUCAAAUCAUAACUCUACAAGAAGGAAGUCAGAAAUUUACAAGAAGGAAUGGUUUAAUCUGUGAAGCAAAAUUGGUUAAGAAGAAAAUCACAUAACUGACCAAGAAAAAGUUUCAAAUUUACAAGUCUUGAAUUUUUAAGAAAAAUGUCCAAAAUUAAUGAGACGAGCAAUAAAUAUAAAGGAAAACAAUAGAUAAAUUUAUGAGAAAAUUGUGUUUAAUGGAGAAGACUGAACAAUUAGAAUAAAUGUUACUUCAUGAGUCCAAAGUUGUAGAUUUACACUUUAAACAUUGUAGUUAAUGGGAGCAGAGUCAAUAUUUCACAAUAAACACGAUAAUUUCUUAGAUUAAAGUUGUUGAUUAACGACAAUAAACAUGUUUAUUUAAGGGAAUUUGCAUGGGAACACUGGAGCAUACUCAGCACACUUAGGCCAGUUUCAGCUUGAUUGAGCCAAAUACAUAAAGAAAAUCCACCUCCAACCACAUUACCCAGAUAUGGUAGUACGACUAUGAGAAGUUUGAUUUCAGUGCGAUUUCAGUCAAACUAGUGCAUGAACACAAUUUGUAAAAGUACACUUUCAGUGAGAUUGCUGAAUUAGAAUUUGAAUCACUGCAGGUAAAUCAUGCAAGUGGAAAAAAAAUGUUGAAAGUCUUGCUUUAGAAACUAGGAGAAAUCGAACUAAACACUCAGAAUAAAGAGUUAAAAAAUUUUGAUCAGGUUUAGGCUCAGAGACUUGUUGGUUAAGUUGAGGAAAGCGGUUAUAAAUAUGAAUAUCUUGUGUAGCUGAGGGUACUUCCAUAACUUUAGAGAUGUUAAGAAACUCUGAUUUUAGGUCUCCUACUCUUUGCUGAAGUCUUGUGGUUGUGUGACUCAUUUCUCCUCUUGUACUUUAAACCAAAGGGGAUUUUAUUGCUCUGAUGUUGCAUCAUCUUCAGAGUUGCUAGUUGUCCCCACAGACAGCUCUUUCUGCAGAUCCUGAGUGGAGCGAUCACACCACAACAGUCCCAAAAGCCCAAAUUAUUUCCAUUUGGAGGAAUGUGCUGCAAGAUUGAAACAAUGCACUUGCAAAUGUUGGAAUCGGUUGUAAUGACAGCAGGCCUCUGCAUGUGACACAACAUACAGCAGAAAAAGAGCUGCAUUUACAAAAAAACAAGCAGCAAAUACAGUAAAUGGGAGUUUUGUGGCUUUAAUUAAUUUGCAGGAAAUCAGAAUCUGUUUUAUUGACAUUUUGCACAAAGUCUCAACUCUUAUGAAAUGAAAUUACGCACCAACCUGUAGCAAGUGUUGUUUUUGAUUAUGGUUAAUAUUGGAGAACUCUUCUGGAUAUUUAAGGACCCUGGGUGAGGAGGUCACGGAAGGUCAGCAUUGUUGUCCGCUGUAGCUGCUGCAUUGUUAACACACUGAUGUAAUAUAACUAAAGCACUAAAUCUAAUUACAGUGACUCACACUGAAGGGAAAAAACAGUGUCUGGCUUUUGAGAAAACUAUUGUUAGAGAGCCAGAGAUAGUUUGUCACACUCGUCUGGUUUCACACAUCAGCAGCUGUCGUAUUCUGAAGACAGUGAAGCCGAGGAUCUCCUGCUUAUUGUCUGAACUACGGAUGUAGAGACGUUUUUACAAUUUGAUCUAUGUUAUAUGAUAUAAAUCAAAAUGUGUGCAGUACAGAUCUUUAUUUCUAUGCAGAUGACACUGUAACAUACUGCUCUGCAUCCUUUCCAAAUUAUAUUAUUAUUAUUUAACAUCAAAACAAAAAGCUGUGUUUUAGGUGCACAAUCUAAGUCCUUAGACCUGCUUUUAGUUUAUUAGUUUGAACCUUAGUACAGACAGCUUUUAUUCCAAUGUUUCAGCAGCUGGUGAGAAGAUUAAGAGUGAAACUUGUUUACAUGACAGAAUCUGUCUUUUCUUUGCAGUCUAAACAGAGACUGGUAUCUUCCACUUGGAUAUCUGUGCUGGGUGUUGGUGAUGUGUUGUACGUGCUUGCCUCUUCUCAGAGUUUGCAUGCUCUGAAUACCAUGUUGGUGGAGCUCUGAGGUUUAUUUCAAAUCUUGUCCCUCUUUGGGGUUCACACUGGUCACAUAAACAGUGUCUUCACGUCAGAUCAUCCUGAAGUUUUGCAGAUAUUUUACCAAAUGGCUAGGGUUAGGGUUAGGGUUAGUUCAAACCUGAAUGAAAAAUUCAUGAAUUUUCCUGGAUAUUUGUUGAUAUGUGAAUACAGCUUUGUCCAACACAUUGAAUACAACUGACAGUGUUGCAAAGCUAAUGCUGCGUUCAAGUUACCUAGGAAGUCAGAUGUCCGAGCUGGGAAUGCAAAAUCGGAGGCUACAUCUGAGGCAUCUGAGGCACGAUUGCUGAAUCCACGAAAAGUCAUUUCGCGCUUGUUAUUUUAGUUAUUUUAAGUUAUUUUAGCACCCUCUUUCGUAGAUGUAGCCAUCUUGUUUCUGCCUCUGAUUUGCGUUUUUCCGACUUGGUAACUGAAAUGCUCAUAACAUUGAGUGUGAUAUCAUUCCCAGCUUGGAUAUCUGACUUCCGAGGUAACUUGAACGCAGCAUAAAUACAUGUUUGAAUCAUUCACCAUCAAAAGAAAUGUUUCAAUACUUAUUUCAUCCUCUACAGAUGUCUGUCCUCUUUCUAUAACACGUGUUUGAGACACUUUUCCUUGGCGAAUUCACAAAUAGAUGAAAAGACAUUAUAAAAGACACGACAUUUAGUGUUUGUCAUUUUCAUCCUUGUUCACCAAAAUUAUGUUUUUGUACCAGGCAGCUGUUUUAAAAUGACCACUGAAGUCCAGUUUGGAUGAUUUGAACAUUAGUAUUAGUUUGUUAUUGCCUGAUAAGAUCAGUCUGUGUGUCUAGUUGGACUCAUGUGGUAGAAGUUUCAGAUAACAUCUCUGGUUUUGGACAAUUAUUGGUGUUUACUGGAAUAUGCAUGGGCUACAAACUGCAGCUAACAGCUUUAAAGUUACAUUUUUGGAAAACCUCCCAUUUAUGACCCAUAAAUAAACUCUCCGUUCAUCUUCUGUGAAUCUGAGGCUGCAGUAAGCGUUGAUCCUGCAGCUUUGCGACAGUUUGGACAUUUUCCUCCUGAGUUUUUUUCCAUCAGCUGACCCUUGUCUUUAUUGGUGUCGUAACUUCAGGACCUCGUCUGUCUUUGUCGUCUUCCUCUAACACUUCAGAGGAGCUGUGUGUUGGACAGGAAAGAUGAAGUGAUUUGUUGAAAUACCAGAGACACAUUCCUGCAUGUAACGUCCAGACUUUCCGUCCCGCUCUGAACCAGCUUCAGGGGUCUUAAUGAAGGAUUUCCGCUCCCAGUUUUUGGCUUCAUUCUGUCUCCUGAUAACUUGCUGGACUGCAGACAGAUGCUUGCAGCUCGUGGCAGAGUGUAAAAGUGCGUCUGUCGUUAAGUUUAUUGAGCAGGGUUCACUGUUUCUGUUGUUUCUGUUGAAUCCAGAAAAGAGAUGAGGGUCUGAUAAGCCCCUAUGAUCAGGUUUCAGGGUGGUUUGCCUCAGAGAGAAAUGUCCUCAUGGAGCGAGAAGACGGCAUCGACAGCUUUGAAGUUUAGUUUCAGCAAAAACAAGUUUGAACUGCAGUUCGUUUUUUUCCACCAUGAUACCUACAGAGAGAUACUAAAUAAUCUCAAGACUCUCAUUAUUGUCUUUUGUUGUGAGCCAAAAUAUCUGGUAUCUUAAGAGAUUUGGGAGGCUGUGGACCUUAAGCACUUGAGCUUACUUAAACUCUUUCAAGUUUGGAAAAGAUUGGAAAAAACUGAAUUUAUCUCCUGAAGCAGUCAGAAUAAUUCACACUAGGAGCAGAGAGAGAUGUGAAGAAACCGUUUCUGGCUGUUGCUCCUGCAGCGCCUCAAUGAAUGUCACCUAAAUUUUACUUCAUUGCUCUUUAUUGGCCUCUCCUACAACUCUCAGGACUGUAGACUUUAUGGUUUUAAGGCUCAGAGCCAAAGAGGCUCUUUAGAAAAAUGUUCAUAUAUAAAUAUCUUUAAUAGGGCGGAGGGUAAGGGCCACUGAGGAGGAAUUUCAGGUUACAAAUGUUUUAAAAUCAGACUUUUUUUCUCAGACCUCUUAGAUUAAAUCAAAACUUCUCAAAAGUCUGAGAUUAAAACUAAAAUGAAGAUCCAAGUCAGAAUUUUUUAUGUUGAUCUCAGAAUCUUUUUUUAAAAAGUCAGAUUUUAAUUUGAUCCUUAAACUCCAAAAAAGUCUGAACUUGUUUAAUUUUUGAAUUUUAAAGAAAUAGAUUUUAUGAAAUUUUAUCUCAGAAUUUAAAAGAAAAUGUCAGAUCUUAAGAAUUACUGUAUGAGUGACCCGAAUCCUCUUGGUCAUCUUAGCUGUUUAAUGUCAAGAGGUCGCUCUGGUUGGGUUCACAACUUCACAUGACCACUUUUUUUAUGUUCAGAUCAAAAACUUUGUCUUUUGUUUACAGAAAGUGCAGAUUCAAGGUCACAACAAUCAUCACAAUGUACAUGAGCAGCUGUCUUUGGGCCAGCUCCUUUAACUUAAGUGUUAAAAAGAGGCAUCCUUCAUAAACGCAGAAAUUUUAUUGUUUUAAUAAAGAGAGUUUAACAGGGCAGAUCCACUUUGGGGGCUCUCUAUUCACUUUUUUUGAUUUGUUCCAGAAAUUAUGUAUUCCUUAUUUUCAAACCAAUCUUUAAUAUCAAAUGUUUUGAAAAUUUCUGAAAGGACCCUUAUUUCAUCCUCUCAUAUUGCUCCAUAGUGCUCUCGUAAGACGUCAAGACAUACUUAAAUCAACAGUUUGAUUCUGAUCAAGUGUUAAUACAAUAGUGUCAUUUUUCCUACUCUGAUCCAUUCAUAAGAGUUCAUGUAAAUCCAAUGUGGAGUUGAGUUUAAUGUUUAAGAAGAAACGCCCUGUUAGGUUUCGUUUGCGACACCAACAGCCUAUCCUGUCAAAAGCCCGUCUGUUGCCUUGAACAUUAUUUGUCAGAGACCUCUUUGUUUUUGGAUUUCCUGUUGUUAAAGGCUUAAGUAGAAAUCUAUGAUACAUGCUUAUUAAUGCAGUUUAGAUUUUGUUGAAGUUUUAUGAGUAUGAAACUCUUCAAGUGUCAGGAGCUCACUCCACUGACAUCUGGUUGUCCAUGGUAAAGUCCUCAAAGUUUCUUGUAUAAGUUGGUCAAACGUGAAGAGCACCUGGUUUACCUGUUAGCGCCACGCCUCUGCAAACCUCUCAUUAGCACACACACACACACACGCACACACGAACGAUCUAUCUUUAAACAAUUACGACACAGCAGCGGUGAAAACCAGAUUCCUGCAUAAAGAGGAAAAGAUCAUUUGAAGAAAUCUGAAUCUAACAGAGAAAACUUAAAGUUCAAGAACAGUCAGCACUGGUCUUGUUCAUUCAGCUAAAAACAGCAUUGGGUUUUUUUUCCAGCAGCACUUAUCUGUGAAAGCGAGGAGGCUCUGAAUCCCCCGACAGGCCCAGAGAGACAGAGAGCACUCAGUGAGGUCUGAACCGGAUCUCUAACACUGGGAGGUUGACCAGGACUUGACUUAUUCAGAUUAGAGAGAUAAUAUGUCCCUGCAGUCACUGAGACCAGACCGAGGUUUAGAGCCUGAACCACAGCGGGUCAGCAAGACUCUAACAGGCAGAUUCUUUCAGUCCUGAAGAAAUCCAGUGUUUCUGGGAAUAAAAGAAAUAAACGAAACAUGAAGGACUUUGUAGCUCUGCACAUCAAAGCACAUGCAGUCUGAAAUUAUGAGCUCCUUAAUGUGGUUUGAUGUCAGAAAGCCAAGUUUUCUCAGAGUCACGCUCCCUCAUUAACACUCAGUAACUCUGCUCUGUGGAUUUCUCAUAACAUGAAUCUCUAAAAUCCUCUUCAGGACUUUAAUGCUGCUUUGUUUAUGUGGAACUGUUGAUUAUUUGUUUGACAAAUUGCAUGUUUUCACUCCCCUCCCUCUCUUUUUAUGGGUGGUUGUACUUCUAUUCCUGUCAGAUGUAAGAAAAAUUGAACUGACAAUAAUGCAGACUGACUGCUGUGUUUACUUGCAUUGCCGUGCCAAAAAGUUGCACUUAAACACACCACUAAAACUGCAGCUGACAGCAUUUACAUUCUGCACAAACUUAAGGAUCAGAGCGUGCUUAUAUAUAUAUAUAUAUAUAUAUAUAUAUAUAUAUAUAUAUAUAUAUAGCUGUUGUAAUGCAGCAGCUUUUACUGACUAUUUUACAACAGUUUGGCAAUGUAGCUUUGUCUAAUAGAGUAACAGGAAACCAGUUUCUGGAGUUUUAAAGUGACAUGUCAGAUUAUUUUCUGAGCUACUCAACAGUUCAGGGUCUCCUUUGUCCUGUUUUUUUGUUUCAUGAUGCUCAAAAUGUUUUCAGUGGGCGUCAAGUCAGGACUGUAGGCAGGUCAGUUUGGCAGCAGGACUCUUCUACUACAGAGCCAUGCUGUUUUAUUACCUGCAGAAUGUGGUUUGUCAUUGUCUUGGUGAAAUAUGAAGGUCUUUCCUGAGAAAAUCUUUGUCUGGAUGGCAGCAGAUGUUGCUCCUAAACCUGUAGAUAUUAUUUAGCAUUAAUGGAGCUUUUACAGAUGUGAAGGCUCCAUUAAUGUGAUGGAGCUGUUGACAAGCAGAGUGGUCCCUCUACUCUUUAGAGAGGAGGACAGGGUGUCGGUGAUUUCCAAGGAAAAUGUCAACUGUUGACUCAUCAGAUCACAGCACAGUUUCCUUCUUCCCCUCAGUCCAUCAUAAAUGGGCUCAGGUCCAGAGAAGUUUCUGGUCUUUCUGGAUCAAGUGAUUUUGAGCCCAUGCAGUGAUUUCCACUGUAGAGUCCUGUCUGUUUUUAAUACAGGGCUGCCUGAGGGCCUGAAAAUCAGGACCAUCCAGCCUUGGUUUUGGUCCUUGUCCCUUUAGUGCAGAGAUUUCUCCACAUUCUCUGAAUCUUUUAAUGAUAUUAUGUUCUGUAUUUGAUGAAAUCCACUCAUUCUUUCACUUUUGACACUCAGGAACUUUAUUCUGAAGCUGUUGAACUAUUAGCUCACACAGUCUCUCACAGAGUGGUGAACCUCUUCCCAUCCUUCCUUCUGAGAGACUCAGCCUCUCUGAAUGUCCUUUUUAUACCCAGUCAUCUUACUAACCUGUUGAAAUUAACCUCAUUUGUCAGAGAUGUUCCUUCAGCUAUUAUUUUAGCAUUACACAACCUUUCACAUGUUUGGUUGUUCCUCUAACACCUUUUUAGAAACUGCUACUAGCAUCGAAUUUAAAUGAGCAGGUAUUGUAAGUUUUAACUUCUGAUAAAUAGUCUUGGCACUACUUUUAGUAAAUUUUAUUUACAUGAUUUGCAAACCCUCGAAUCCUACCUAAGUUAACACUUCACAGACUCCCAACUUGAUUGGAAUUGGAGUUGUACAUCACAGAAGUUCCUGUUUGAUGAGUGACUCUCUCCUGAAGGAAGAGUUCAGCAGAUGAACUGACAGCAAAAUGAGCCCUAAUGAUGGGGGAUCCGGUCCAAUCUAAAUGUAAAAAAGUGUAAAAAUAGGCUUUACUUUUCAAACAGCAGCUGACUCAUUUCUCCUGACCUUCUAGGGUUUUAAAUUGAGCUUUGCAUGCAGACCGAAACAGAAACAGACUAAAAAAAAACUUGACUUUGUCCGUUAAGAGGUAGUCCCUCGGUCUUAAAGUUCUGGUGUUUAGGAGGUGGAAACUUGGCGCUAUUAACAUGCAAUCUAACAGAGGUCAAGCCGGAGAGGUACUGACAGAGAAACUCAUGAAAAUUAAAUGAACUUCAGUGAGAUUUACUCCGUUAACAAUGUCCCCAAACAGAAAUAUUGAUCCUCCUGCUCUCUGGUUUAUAAAUCUGGUUAACCGCUCACAUUCUUGGAGAGAGGAGAAGUAGCCGUUGAAUUUCAGCCAUGUUUCCCUCCUCUGACACUCUGUGGUUAUUUGCUUCCUCUCGUUGAGGUUAAACAUGAUUUCGGCCUCUGUAGCCGCUAGAUGUUUGCGUAACUCUGAGUGAGAUCUGUUCAGUCCACCCUCACUGGAGACUUGAGGAGAGGGUGGACAUGAGGGCAGAAAUGAGGCCGAGGGGAGGAUGGGUAGUAACACAGGGCUAUAGGACACACACACACACUCUCACACACACACACUCAGCAGAGAAAGGGAAAGUGUUGAGGUGUGCCAGAAGGCCCUCAGUUUAAACCCCGGCUGAGGGAGCUGUGUCGGGCCUCUCGGCUCUCAAAGAGUCCUUUCAUGGAGAGGCAGCAGGCCGAAGGAAUGCAGGAGCCAGCAGUCUGAUUCAGCUGCGAUGGAAAAGCAUCCUUCUGCCCCGAAUCUCUCCUUUCCAUCGCCGUGGUAACAUGCAGUCAAUCAAAAAAGCUGCAGGAAGCAAGCAUCACUUAUUUGUCGGCUGCUUUUCGGACUCAAAUGUGCUUCAUUGUAUGUCGGAAUAUCUGCUGCAGAGCGGAGAAGGGAGCGUGCUGCACCACAGAGGAGGGUCAGGGACAUCUGGCAGCAGCUUCUUAACAAGACUGAAACCCUGCAAGUGGCCCCAGAGGCCCCAUAACCUUCAGUAUCAGGGCAUUGCAGGAAACCAUCAACAGAAGCCACUUUCACACACGCACGCCUGAAAAUAUCCAGAAAUCUUUUGGAAUUUUUCUGGGAACUGGCAAGAAAAAAAAAACGGCUAAAGUCAGGAUGAAAAUCUUGCCUGUUCAUGUUCACAUGUGCAACACACCCCAACAUUUUUGGGAGGUUUUAGGAGUCAGUGCACGACUCAAAAUGUCUUUAUGUUUCAAAUAUUCCUGAGCUGAAGAAAGCAGGGCCGCUAAACUCUUCUGACCUGCUCAUCAGCAUUACUCACUUAUACCUGUCUUAGGUGAAUCAGCAGGCCUUGCAUAGACCUUGAGAGGGGCAGGUCCUCACAAUUUAAACAAAAGGACUACAUCACCCCUCUUCAUUUUGCCCUUUAUUUAUUUAUCUAUUUAAUUUCUAAAAGUGAGAAAGCUAAAAAGGUUGCUGUGGUAAGUAAGACCUCAUUUGAUGCUCCAAAAUUAAAAUGUGGUCAGAGUUCAUGUGUCGGGGGUUCAAUGAUCUGCAUAAUGUUUAGGUGCAUUUCAGAUUAUAGAUGCACCUCAAACACACUGAUUAAACAUCAUGUUUCUUUAACUGACUUUGGAGCAUCAGCUGAAGAAACGUGGUUGGUUUUCUGCAGCCUGUUUGGUGAAAUCCAAAAUCCUGUUCUGUGGCGUUUGCUCCAUGUUUAUUAAUUUGUUAAUUUAUUUGUUUAUUUGACAAAUAAUCAAUAGAGGUUAUUGAGUUUCAAAUUAAAACCAUGAAAAGCAAAUAAGAUUGAUGUUUUAAAAGUAGAAUUUCAAUGGAGAUCAGCAUAAAGAGGGACAGAAUACUGUCAACAAACUGUCAACAAAGAGCAUUUUUUCAGUGUUCAGUUUGUGCUGACAGACUUCUUUCAGUUUCUAUUCUCUAUUCUUAAAAGCCAUCAGUCAUUGAAUAAAAUAAUAAGUUAUUCCUGUAGUGAAUAUUAAUCUCAAGAGAGCUCCGACAUGUUUGUUCAGCAGCAGGUGGAAAAUCUCACGGUGUACAUAUGUCCUGUUAUCAGUGUUUAAAGAAAACUGGCUGAUUGGAAGAUUUAAAAGUAUGAGAAGCUCACAGAAACUUUGCAACAGCCAGAUAAAGAGAUGGACGUCUGCAGCAUCAACUGGUCUUAUCUUCUGAACAUAAACAUUACAGUGCAGAGGAAGAUAAUUUUUGGUAUAUGCACUCUGAGAAAAGACAGAGCGGUUUAAAACUUCAAAAACACUCAUCUUUGCAUAAAUACAAGUCAUAAUUUGACUUUCGUCAGAGAGAAACACGAGCAAGUAUGAGCAAAUAUGUCAGAAACUCUUGUCCAGACUUCAGAAAAAUUCAAAAUACUCUCCUUGAAUGUUCUGGACACUGCUGUGAGUACAUCUCUAAUAAUAAGUGAAAAUAUCUUGCAGGCCUCCUGAUUUCUGUCUCGAUGAAGAUAACUUAAAGUUUAUUCAGAGUGCUGAGACUUGUGAACUCUGUGAACGCAAAUAAUCUGGAUACUACCACUGAAACUAACAAAUGAGGAGCAAAGUUCCAAAACUGUGUGAACAUUUUAGUGGAUAAAUAUUGGCAUAAAACAGACUCAGUGAAAUAUGUCCACAAAAUACUUUUGACUCUCCGUCCAGCCAUCUGGACCCACUUAGCUCCUGUCACCAACUUUUGGUGGAACUUUGAUGGACAAAAUAGUCUUUGCUUAUCUUGUCUAAUGCAUUCAUAGGUUGUAAUUUUGACAAAAAUCUCAUCUGGACAGUCAAAUAGUAAACAAAAUAAAGUAAAAAAUAAUAUAUAUAUAAAUAAAAAUAACAGAAACGGAUGAUAACUAGGUUAAACACAUUUAUUAAUAAAGUUACCCCUGUACUCUUGGUUUGGCCUUUCCUUAAUUUAACUGACCAUGUUGUUUUAUUUUCAAGUUUUCUGUAAAAUACUGCAAUGAUGUUAUUGUUAUAUUUUAUGACACUGAUAAUUAUGUGAUUCUGAUUGUGUCCAAACAAAAGAAAUUCACCUGAUUUAAUGAUCCGUUACUUCUCAUACCAGUGUUUCUCCCAGGACGGGAACACUGACGGAGGUGUGUCAUUUGAAGGGAGGCUAGUUAAUCUGCAAUGUGAUCGCAGACGACAACUCGCUAAUACUCAGCGCCCCCGCGGUUCAGCGCUUCAUAUACUGAUACUGACUCUGAGGUAGCACUGUAUUAAAAAAAACCUAAUUUUUAGGGUGUGGCAGCUUUUAUUUUACAGUGGCGGUGUACCACCGUCAAUUACAUGUAGGGGAAAUCCUGCAUACCUCAUCAUUAGCACAACAUAAACCACAGGGCAGCCCUUAAACUACUGAGUUGAAAUUACAUCAUGGCUUAACAAAAUUUCAACAUUUCCUACAAAUAAAAAACCCUGAACUUUCUCUUAAUUUGCAAAACUUUUCCUGCUACAUUGAAACAAAACAAAGAACAGACAAUAGUUUUUGAUGAAGUUGAUCAGUUUCAAUAUGCUCUAUCUUUGUUUUCAAAUAGACACAUUUAAAAAAAUCACCUUUUGCUUAAGAUUUAUCAUAGCUGUACAGUGUUGAGGAUCUGAUUUCUAAUUUGAACUCAAUGAAUUGUUAGUGGCAGUCCAUAGUCAUUUUUUUUAAGAGAGACAGAACAUGUAGAUCCUGUGAGAAUCUGAUCCCCCUGACCUGAUAUAAAACUGAACCGAGCGUCUGACCUGACCCCGCCAAAGUUAUCUCUGCUUGACUUUGUGAAGAUUAACAACAGACGUUCAGCGUUAAGCGUGGAGAGAUGUGGGCGUUCACCAAGCAGGGAGGGUUUUAGACGUGAAAGAUGCAUUGUGGGAAAUGUAGGACUAUUAACAGACUGUAAACUUUUAAAAUGUCUCUCUGGAGGAUAAAUCAACUUAAGGAAACACAGACCUCUGCAGCCUGCAUUAAAUGUUUGAAUCAGGAGGUUUACCUCUGCCACAGGUUUGCCAAGAAGCAGUCAGACUGUUUGGCUCUUUUCUCUGAAACAGAUCAUUUUUGUUGUUUCCAUACAUCUUUUAAUUUCGGUCGUCUGCUGCAGAUUUCCAACAGAUGGGAGCAGCUCAUGGCCUGUUUGCCAUUCACGUUUUAUUUUUACAGUCUUGAUGUUUGGAUGACACUGAGAGAAACUCUGAGUCUUACUGGACUCAUCUGGGCUGCAGACUGGAGAUGAUCGGCAGGACAUGAUCACAUAGACUGCACGCAAAUCCAGCAUCUGCAUCUAAUGCAGGCAUAUUUAGAGCAAUAAUCCCCUCUGUCUGCAUACAUCUAUGACCGGAUUAAACUCCAAUCUGUGGAGGGAAGUGUGGCUCCGGAGAGGAAUGCUGUUUGGUUUUGUUCACCAGAGUCCUCAGCACCACCAAUUUCCUCCUGCAGCCACAUCUGUGGAGCACAUGCUUGUAUCGCAGGGACGAGUGAGCCGAGCAGAGCUAAUAACCCGGCCAUACGUCGUGUCUGCUGCUCAUAUGUGCAUGAUCCUGAUUAACUCUCGGGGAGAGCAGAGCCAAUCACACAGAGCGACCAGAGUAUCUGUUACACACAGCGCUCAUAAAAAAAGAGAAGUAUGCAACGUGUAUAUCAGAGUCAAGAUCCAGAAAAGAAGCUGAAACAGUCAAACUUUCCACUCAUCGACUCGGUGCUGGUGUUACAUAAAAAGUUCUCUCUGAAAACAACAAAAAUAAACCAUCGAAUCAAAUCAAAAUUAUACCUUCAGCUAAUUUAUGCCUGUUGCAUUUUGCACUAUGCUCUGUCGCAGUAGAAAAGGCCAGUCUGGUUUUUGCCUGAUGCCUUUCACAUCCCUGUAAGACAUCAGCUUUAUUCACUCAAAAUUUCCUGAACUUUUCACCCUGAUUUUAUCCGAAAAUUUUCCAGCCCCCCCACAUUAAAUUUAUGCAAGGAGUUUGAGGUGAACUGGUGAAAGAACUUUACAGAUAAUAUUUAGAGAAAUGCACCCAAAGAAACCAGGUGAUGAUGUCAAGACUAACUCUGAAGUCUGACAAGUUACAAGAUGAAUGGAAACAUUAGAGGUUGAAGAAGGAGGAUCAUGUUUUAAACUGAUGAAAGAAAGGAUGUCAGCACAUCCGUCUGUUUACUCUGGUAUAAUGUCAAAUCUGUUAUUAUAGUCUAGGUCUCUGCUGUUUUACUCCUCUGUCUUGUUAUUAACAUCACAAUGUGGCUUCAACGGUGGGAUUUGGAUCUUAAGAAGUUUUCUGACAGUGAUAGAAGCUUGUGAAAAAGUCAGAAAUUCAACUCAUCUUGCAUGUAUUCUUAUACUCCUGCAAAAGACUUCAGAACUCUCAGUGCAAGAUUACAAGAGCUGCGUUUAUUAAAUCCCCUAAAAGGAACAUGCUGUACAUUUUACAAAUAUUUGUGGGCAACACAAAAACAGAGCAUCUGAUUCAAACUUUGCUGAAAAACACCAACAAAUGAAUAAAGGAGUAUUGUUCAGACCCAGCUCUGCCUUUAACCACAUAAAAUCGUGUUUUCUAUAAAGGAGUGUCUGAGUCGCCCGCUGUUAUUCAACAUGACACUCGGUCUCCAACAUGUGGAGUCGUUCUUCUGCUGGAAUCGAUAUCAGUAUGACCCCAAACAAAGAGGCCGUCCUGUGGUUCCCUCUGUCAAAUAUACUUUUAUUCUUUGGUUUAUUUUUACUCAGGGUUUCCUUGUCUCUUUGUUUUCUGCAGCUGAUCCUGGUCUGUCAGUGGAUUCAGAUGUUGUGGCUGAAGCUCAAAGUGGAUCUGCACCAACACCUGAGGGUAAGACAUCUCACUUUGUUCUCUGAGCCAUCAUCGAAGCCAGCAAUCAGCUGGAAGAAUCUCCCGCCAAUCCGUUUAAAGUUCAUUAAUUAACUAAAUAACCGUCUGGUUCAAGACGUCAUGCAGAAAUAUCUUAUAGUAACGUUGAUGCUUCUUUAAUAACCAACAGCCAGCCUCAGUAACUGCGUUUCCUGGAGUCUUGUCAUCACAGAGAGGUUGCCAGGUUUGCUCUCUUAGAGAAGCCAAAAACAAAAACAAAACUCUCACAACACUUUAACUGGAGGGGCUGCUGAUUGACUGAGAGGGUGGAUCCACUUUGUUGUCCAGAAAUAUUUUCAGCACACAACAGAUUUCUGUUCUUUGUAUAAAUUUGAUUAUGAAAAAUAAUUUUAGAUCAAAUUAGAAGCAAACGAAUCCUCACAUCUUAGUCAUGAAUCAUGGCUGAUAGGAGAAUAGAAAAUGAACUGAGAGGCUAGUCCAGGCAGGCUUGUCUGGAACCUCUACUUCAAUAAAAUAAAAAAUAAAAAAUUUAAUUGGCUAAAUUAUAAAAUGCUCUUAUUAAAACUAUGGCACUUGUUGUGUUAGGUGUUAGGGUUACUGUUGAUCUGGCUAGAUCAAUAUGUGAUAAUUAGAGCAAAAACUGAAAUCAUAAGUGUACUGUUAGGCACCACACUUAUUUUUCUUAUUUUGCCAUGUUUUUCUCUGCACAAUAAUAAUAAUAAUAAUAAUAAUAACAUGUGAGAUCAGUUCAGUAUAGAUGUCUGUAUGAGGGGUAUACUGACAAAAAAAGGCCCAGAGGACCACUACAAAAACUAUUAUAAGCAAAAUUUUCAUGGAUAAUAAAGCCUAACAAGGUAACCUAGAGAUGAGAACCAAAUUGGAUGAUAGAGAAUUGAUUUUAGUGUCAUUUACAGCUGAUUUAAGACACUGAUCAAAACCGACCCUUAACAUGGUGGGUGUGUUGUAAAAGCUAACACAGGAGGAAGGUUAACAUCAGUCCUUAUCAGCUGAAACCUCAGCUGAUGACGUCCUACAGGUCUAUGAAAAUAGUUUUUCUCGUUCAUCUGCUCCAGCUCUCCGCCUGCUCCCCCUGCCUCCACCCCAGCUUCUACUUCCUACUCUGCUCUGUACCCAGGGGUCUUUGCUGCUGCUCUCACUGCCUGUGCACGCAGACACAUGUAACAGAGGGGAGGUGUGCUCUCCCCGCCUCCUUCUCUGAUAUUCCAUGUAAGCACAUGGAAGGGCAGGGAGCUCUCAGAACAAAGCCAUGAUGCCAAAUAUAACUUAUCACAAGGAGGUGACUGAUUCCUCUUGAAGAAAUUAGCUUUGACUGAAACACACAGGCCAAGUUUGUAGACAUGUGGCGCUCUCGCUGUGUUUACCAGUUGUGUCUUUUGCGCUCUCACAAUGAUGUAAUGCCAAUGUGUAAACACGCUGGGAAACCAACAUUACACAGUGUGUAAAUACAGAAGGGAAGUUGACAUUUGCAUUUCUGCACAACAUAACCAGAAUUUAUAGUGCUGAUGCUUUUUAUUGAUCCUGAAAUCUGUGAUGUUUGUGCAGCUUACUCAAAAAAAUCAGUCAGUCAAGUUUCAGUUGCUUUUAAGUCCUGAAAUACUUCUCCCUCAGCCUCUGUUCCCAGAAUGAUUAAAUCUUUCAGUUUUAGUUCAUUAACGAACAGAAACAGGUUUGUUGAUGGUUUUUCCUUCUGGAUUUUUAGGAUGUGGCAUCAUGGUGGGUGUUCGGUGUUCAGUGUGGCCCCCUGCCAUCAAUCAUUGUAUAAUUUUAGAGCGAGCUUUGAGUGUGCUGCAGCAGGGUCUGUUUAAUACCAGGGUACAGUAAUGGAAAAGUACAAUAUGAGGACUGACCGGCUGUUUAAAAUGAGCACUCAGCAGUAAUGGUUUUCAGAAACAUUAUGGAGUUAUUCUGUGAUAUGAAACAGAAAGGUCUGCGGAACUGAGCGUGUAAUUAUUCUUUCUGUGUUAUGAUCAAUGUUUUAGGACGAGUUUCAAUGCAUAUGGUUUAUUUUUCUGACCUGUUAGAGUCGUCAGUGUUGUUAGGGUGUUGACAGAGGUCUCUGUACUGUAUGUAUUUAAGUUGGCCAGAUCAUCUGCAGCUGAAAGAAAGAGUUGCGAUGGUUUUCCACUUAUAGGACGUCUCUAUGUUGAGCAGAAAUACUUUGCCUCAUCUUUCUUGCAAACUCUAAGAUCUUUGACUUCUUUAUCUUUGUGUUGGUGCCAAAGAUGCUAGACCUACAAGUUCUCUGUUUCCAAGUCGGCUGAUUUUUCUUGUGUGACGCCAGGUUGGCUGCUUGUUCGAAUCUCUAGGGAAGGGUACAGACUCAUACAUAUCAGUAUGGAUAAUACAAGAUGGUGGUUUUGUAAGAAAGAAGACAGUAGUAUUGACCAAUCAGGUGUCAGCAGGCUUUGGUGUCUGCAGGAAACUGUUGUCGGUCCAGGAGUUUGGUUAAAAACACUCAACAGAGCAAACGCUAAACUAUUAACCAGUCAGUCUAUUUUGAGUAACUCUAACAUGCCUUCCAUCUGCAUUUAUAACCAUCUGUAAGGCUGACCAUAUGUUGGUCAUUCAGGUGUGCCAAGAAGUUAUAAAUGCUGUAACCAAGAGUGUCAAACUGAAGCUAAACGUCAUUAAACACAGAGAAACUUUGAGGAAAUACAUUUGAGUCAAACUGAAGUGGAGUUCACGGGAUCUUUCCCACCUGUGUUUGCUUUGUGUUUAGUGGGUUUCUUUUUCUCACACCAGUGUACCACUCUGAAAUCUACCCAUGACUGACUUCAAUCUUGCUCUGGCUGCUUUUUCCUUAAAAAACAUUGAGUUUGAUUCAUUAGUAUCUUCUUUAUAAACUUAGUGAAACUCUUUCAUUGAGGUUGUCAUUCGCUGUGUUUUCUGAGCCGUCAUCUGUCAGACAAACAGACCGGUUGUCCGAGCGGACUGGGUUUUGGACUCCUGCCAGAGCUCCAGCUUUGAGAGAAAGCUGCUUUUCAUUACCUCUAUCUCCUGGGAAAAGGACUAAUCAAUCAAGCACUUCAGCCUUGAUAUUUGAGACAUCCAUGCCUCCAUAAAAGUCCUCUCCAAGUCACAAUGUAACCUGGCUGUGGACCAGCAGUGAUGAAGGCUGAAUCACUGGAGGACUGCUGAAAGUGGGCCAGCCUGCAUGCAGGCAUGCCGUCUUUAUCUCUGCAGGAGUGCAUUACACUCAGUGAGGGAGCGGUGAGUGAUAAACGUGUUUGAAGUGUUGAUUCAGAAAAGUGCAGGCAGCCAAAACUGGGCAACAAACACAGAUUACUGAAGUCCUUAUGGGAGCCAAAGACUCCAGUCUGGACUGGACCUCUUAUACAUGGUUGAAACUCAACACAGAUUAUGAGUCUGUAAACACAGCCAAUGCUGGUACUCACUUUAUCAACACCAACUGAAAUAGAGUUAUUGAUGCUGUGGUUUUUAUUCUACAUAGAGCGAGGGUAGAAGCUUGUUUGUCCAGACAUCUUGUCCCUGCUCUUUUUUAGCUCCUCCUGGGAGAUCUGGAGAUGUCCACAGGCCCAAGGAUAUAAAAUUUACCUCAAGCUAGCUUUGAAUCUACCCAGCAGACUUUUACAACUAGGAUGUGCUUGGAAAGUCUCCCAAGGACUGUGCCUUGGAGGUCGCCUAAUUUGAUACAUUAACCAUUGAAGUUGACUCCUUUCAAUGCAAAGAUGCUGCAGUUUCACCUCAAAGUCACUGAGGAUGACUGAUAAGCUGUGCGACCCCCUGCCAUACCAAAAGAAAUACACAAGAAAUUUUAUUACUGAAUUACAUGUGCAUCCAGUUUUGUACUCAUAUACUUUAUAAGUUUUACUUCACUAAUUGAUGUCUGACGCAGGCUCGUUGACAAGUCCGAGCUUUUUGACCUUUUAGACUGCUGGCAUGAAUAGAUAGAACAAUUUUGGCCUUAUAUAUAUCUAAGAUUGACGUCAAAGCUUGAAAUAACUCCAAAGUCAGACUUUAUCCUUUAAACUUUGGAUCACAUUGUUCCUGGUUGAGUCAUCAUGACGUGCACAGAAGACUUCGUAGGUAAGAGAGGUCUUUUGGUUUGGUGUCUUUGUCCUGCUUCUGAGACAAACCUUUAAUCUGUUUCUUCUGCCCUGUUCUGCCCUCACACACUGAUUCCCACCUUCAGAGAGCUGCGGAACAUCCUGAAAUGAAGGAUGAAGAUGUUAUAAUUAAAGAGCAGCGAGGUGACAUCAGUCCUGUGCAGGCUGCUCUGUGGAGAGAUCUGCUGCAGCCGGGAGGGAAGCUGGGCACCCGAGCCUGUGUUUCCAUUCAUAAACUUUAACUGCAGAUGGUACCGAGAGCCAGGAGACUUCUGAGAGUGUGUUUAUCAAUGCCUCUGCACAGAACCAUCCUUUUCAUGUCCUUAUACAGUCAUUUGCCCGGCUCAAAGACAUCCAGCAAACUGUCAAACAUUCCUGCAGCUCAGAGGUCAGACUCCUCUGAUCAUCCCUCUAACUGUGACUCGGUCUGAAGCCUCCACACACUGUUAUUAUUCUCUAUCAGCUCUUUGAGAAAGUCAGCACAAGCAGCCCUCGUAUUUAGUUUGGCUAAUUGCAUUGCUGUUGGAUGUCUCCGGGGACACGUUUGAGGAAAGUUUCAAGUAUUCACGAGCAGCUUAAUUGAAACUUCAGGUCUCGGGAACGCUCAGCACUCCCGUCACUCUGCGGAGAGGAAAAACAGAACCGGAGUCAUUUUUCAUUUCUUGCUCUCUGGUGGCUUGCUAACAUUUUUUGCCUCUAUCCUUGUUUACUUUUGUUUUUUCUUUCUCCAUCAUUCUCUUUCCAUUACCGAAGGCCGUUUAUCCAGCUUUAUUUCAUCUGCUGUCAGCUGCACUCACGUCCCGCAGAAACAAAGCAUGUGGUCUCUAAUCAAGUCUCAGAGGGGAGCUAAUCCAGGGCCAGAGGACCUUCGAGGGGAGAAAGUUGGUUCCUUAGAUUGUUGGCUCAUAUAGAUUUUAUAAAUAAUGGAAGCUCCCGCCAUGACGUUACCUUCAACCGUCUUUUUCAAGCGUUCAUGUCGCCAUCUCAGCAGUCAUCGUGUUUUUGUUCAUUUUCUUCUGGAGCAAAAGUGUUAUCACAUGAAGGAGUGGGUGGAUCUUUGUUGAUUUGUUGUACAAGAGUGGGACAAAAGUCAACAUCCAGCCUCGUCAUUGUUUUUUAUUUUACUAUCUGUGGUGUAGAACUCAAAAUAUGUCCUCAAGCAGCUUCUCGGGUGUUUCGGUGUUAUGACUGUCCACUCAGGAUGGCUUCGAUUGCAGCACACACCCUCUACAUUUAUAGACAAUCAUCACUGUAUAAAUUCACUGAGGUCAAGAGUGCCAUGCAAUGGUCAGGUCAUGGCAAGAAUUUCCUCUGCAGGAUCAAACAGCAAGCUACUUCAGACAGUCGUAUACACUUUUAAACUGAUAAUAUCUUGGAUUUGAAUGGCUUAGUAAAAAUGAUGAACUUUUAGUUUCAUUAAGAUUAAUUAAAUCCACAUCUGACCAAGAAGUCCUCAACAUGGCUUACGAUAUUAUACCCCAAAAAUAAGACUACAGUUCUUUGUUAUUUGUUAUUGGUAAAUAAUAAUAAUAAUAAUAAUAAUAAUAAUAAUAAUAAUAAUAAUAAUAAUAAUAAUUGUAAAUGGGAUAAAAAAAAUUUGCCAAGUUCCUGAAAAAAGAAAAUGUUGAGUUUUCAGAAAAUUGACUUAAAUUUUGUUCUUGCCCCAUUAUUAUUAUUAUUAUUAUUAUUAUUUAUUUUAAAUUAUUAUUAUUAAUAUUAUUUUUUACCUAUCUGCAUUUUAUUUUAGUUUAUUUUUUUACUUAUCCGCAAUUUGACAGUUCUGGCUUUUUUGGAGUUUCCAGAUUUACGUUGUCCAAUGUGACAUGUUUAAGCAUCGUCAAACACUUUUGACUGGAAAAAAAUUAGACAAAGGCGCUUGCUAAGAUUGAUAAGAGUUCUGUACAGUGUACACCAACAUCACAUAUCCCUGUCCCUUGUUGACACUGGAUAAAAAGAUAGAGAAGAAGAAAUAUAUUUUAGUGUUUUUGUGAUUGGGUUGUAUGUCACUAGUAAGCGUAUUAGCCGCAACUGAUGAUGGUCCGCUCCAGGAAAACUGGCACACAAGCUCGGCUACAGUUUUCUGCAGGGGGGCAACUCUUGCAUGUAAGUCAGAGAGACUUUGACGUUUUGUUACAGAGUUUUUUGCACGAAAAAAGCUCAACCAAAAACUCAGUCACAAGCUGCUUGGCUCUUAUUGCUCUGGGAUUUGUCUUUGCAUAAACAUGUCCAUAUAAGUGAACAAAGAAAAGGAUAUCUAUUUCCAUUGUUUUCAUUUUCAUUGAGAUCAUUGAGAAUUUACAAGAGAAAUAGCUAAAAAAAAUAACCCUGAGACAGUCUGCCUGGUGUAACUCAUAAUCUAUGAGCUCUACGUCUAAAUACACAGGCUCUCCAGUCCUCUAUUAAGCAGCAUUUAUCGUCAGAUGCUCCAAACCAAACACAAUCUGUUGUAACGAGGGACACAAGAAAGAAAUAUUUAUGUGAUCAGGAAUGUCUGCUGCACAUAAUCCACUUACCCUCAUCACCCCGAGAGAAAUGUGCAGCCUCUUCUUGUUUACGUCUGUUUAAAGAAAGGAAGAAAUGAUAAACAGUGAGAAUAUCUGAAGAUGUCACCUCUAUCUGCUUAUUUACUCUAAUGUGUGUGCGCUUAAUACAGCCUGGGAAAAUGGGUCAGAGACACAGAUAUAUUCAUGUUCACUUCAAACAUUAUAUCGAAGAUUAGUGACCAGGUGAUGAAGGAAACUGAAGGUUAGCGGCCCACAGAGAUACAUCCUGCUGUUUGCUGUCAUUUUCAGAGACUUCUGUGUCCACAAACAGAUCUGAACCUUGACAAAUAUUUAUCUUAGAGCAGCACUGGUCAGCCUUAACUCAAUAUAAAGUUUGUAAACAACGUAAAGAGGAAGGUCAUUAUCUAAUUUCUCAUGUCUGUGCAGCAGAAUCAGCUGUGACCGUCUAGUUCCCAUAAGCGUGGUUUUAUAAAAACGUCUGGACAGUUUUAUUACAUUUGUUUAUUGAAAAAUCUUGAUCCGUCUGGAGGCAAAAUGACAUUUGUGAUUGAUUAGUCUAACCUCCCCUUGCUUAACCCCUCAGGAAAAUGGUGGUUCUGCUAUUGGAGAGAUGACCAGCAGAGAAACACUGAGUUUUUUUCAGCUUUAUUGUGGUGGUGCUCCUGAUGUUGUUGUUUUGUUUAAGCUUCUGAAUAUCAUCGAUAUUCAAAUAUUAUUCGAUAUUCUUUUAUUAGCACCAGUUCUGUUUUGGAGAGAUAUUAAGGUUUGUUAACAGUUUGAACCUCACCUGUGUUUUUUUCUCCUGCAGGUUAUUACCUGGAGUUCCAGGAGCCUGUCAACAACAUCACACACUUUCAGGGUCAGACGGCCACGCUGCACUGCAAAGUGUCGGGAAACCCCCGACCAACUAUCCGCUGGCUGAAGAAUGACGCGCCUGUGGUCCAGGAGCAGGGACGCAUCACCAUACGCAAGACCGAGGCUGGGUCCAAGCUCCGGAUCCAGGAUCUGGACACUACUGACACAGGGUACUACCAGUGUGUUGCCUCCAACUCUCUCAAAGACAUCUCUGCAACCGGGGUGCUCUACGUCAAACUAGGUAUGGAUCACAUUUGUGCUUAUUCAUACAGAAAACUUUAUGAAAUAGAUGUUAAUUUGUGCUUUUUCGACAUGGGCAAAAACACUUAUUCUUUUAUGUUUUGGGGGAGUUUUGCACUUUUGCAUAAAAACUUUGCACUGCUGGAAAUUUCUGGAAAUUAUCAGGGACUCUGCCUGCAAAUUUUUGCUGAAAUGCAAACAAGACUGGCAGGAAGAGCUAAAAAGACAAAGUCUGGGUAGAAAUUCUUUCCGUUUUCCCACAUGUGUUCACAUCCGGAGCUUUUAGUUUUGUCCAUGUGUGAAUACAGCUUUAGUGAUAUAUCACACAUUCUUAUAACUGCAAGAUCAAAUAUGCUUUAUCCUGUAACUAAGAAAAAAUCCACGUUUUAUGUGAAACCAUUGUGUUGACAAUUUUCAAAUGGAUAAUUUGUUUAUUGAAAGUCCUUUUAUUCUGGAUCCACAGGACAGAUGCCCACACACAGCCCAGAUGAAAAGUAAGUAGCGACAUCUUCACACAAAUGUGUGUUUAACUGUGGAUACUGCGGAUGCACAUUUACUGCAUUCUCUGUUAUUGAUCUUUGGAAAUAAUAAUAAUCAAUGGUUGAUUCCUUGUAAAAAAAAAAUCUAAUACCAAAUCCAUUUUUCUCCUGAAUGAUAUAGUUUCACGUUGCCACUGACAGCAUUGUAGAGAAGCUAUCCUACAGUUAUAAAAAAAGCUGUCUAAGUUAACAUCAUCACUUGCAGCUUUUUGUGGCUGUCAAACAGGGUCUUUUAUAAUGGAAAUUUAUGAGGUGGAACCUAUUUGUAGUGGAACAUUUUUAGUGUUCCCCGAAUAAAAGAUCAGAGUCAGAGACUGUUCCAAGAUAGUAAAUUUUUUCCACCACAUUAAGUCUGUCUGCACUCUAGUUUGCCCAGUUAUGGCUGUCAGGAGAUACGCCGAUUUGUUAGGCCUUUUAUUUUAUUUAUUUUUACCAAUUUAAGAUUUUCCUGAAAAAUAUGUGAGUAGUGUAAUAUAUUUACACACUUUUUUUUGGUAAAAAUCAAGAAUAGUGUUACUCCAGGCAAGCCACAAAGUAAAGCUCAGGGUACAGCACAUCAGUGGAGGUGCUCCAGACCUGUAAGGGUGAACAAACAUUUUUUUGUGGAUUUCAGAAAAUGUGGAUGUUGAGGAAGGAAAUUUUAUUAGAUGAGAGGAAGAGGAGGUGUGCUCUCCCUGUCACAAACUGCCAUUCCUCAUAGGUAUUGGCAUUGAUAGUGAUAAAAAUCAAUUCUUAUCGCUUUCAUCACUGGUGCCUGCUCUGUUCCUUACCUGUGGGUCUUUGCUGAUGCUCCCCCUGACAUGGCAGAACAGAGCCAUACUUAUAAAAAAAACUCAUUGCAUGCUAAUAAUGCUCUAUUUUUGACAAAUAUGGUCCUAAAAGAAGUAGGAUUAUGGGUUUAGAUUCUGUUAAUAAUGAGCGUUGAUUGUUAACAUUUGGUAUCAUGUCAGGUUUUAGAUCAUGUUUAAAUAUCCUGUGGUAAAUGACAGCUGUAAUCUGAUUAUCACAGGUAAAUUACCUGUUAGAGGAGCUAAAUGUUUUGGAGGUGAGGAUGGAUUCAGCAGCUGGAAUUCAGGAAAUGACUGUAGUUAAUAAACAUCCUCAGAGGUGUUGAUGUGUUAAUGCGUGUUUGUGGUGUCAGAGGUGUCUGCCUGAAGCCAAUAUAAUCAUGCAGAGACAUGCAGCUAACACUCAUACCUGCUCAGGUUUUGUAGAGAUGCUUCACACCUUCAUUGUUUUUUUUUUCCUUUGCUGCACUGAAUGGUUAAAACAAAUCAUCAGGGUAGCAGGGCGUGCAGCCUCUCUCUCUCUCUCUCUCUCUCUCUCGCUCUCGCACUCUCUCUCUCUUUGUGGGUUUUAGUCAUCAGGAUCCAGAGCUGAGAGCAGAUGAGCGGAGCAGGAGUCAGGCUGAGUCGUGGUUUUGGAAAGAAUGCUGAGUCAUGUCCUUGUUCAGACCAACCGUUCCUCAGUGACUCUCCGUCAGAUUAUCUCAUCAGCCGACAGAACGACUCCUCUGACGUCUUUAAGCUGCUGCUGCAGGAGAACAGUGAUUGCUUUUGAGAGACUGUUUUUUCAGGCUUUUUAAGCAGUAAAGGAUGAUUUUAGUGUUUUUUUUUUUUUUUGUUUAGUUAAACAGUAAAGUUACAGGAUCAAGGCUAAAGGCGGGCAUUUUUUACCUAGCCUGAUCACAUUUGUUGGUCAAAGGUCAGAGGUCAUAGAGAAAAGGAAAGGGAGCAGCUGUUGCGUCUCAUGUCUUCGUCUGAUUGGCCGUUUGUGCUGAUGUAAGGAGACAUCCUCUGAGUUUAUCCCUCUGUUCAUCAUCAUUCACGCUGACCACACGCAGACACACAACCAGCAGGAGACGGCUAACAUAACACAGCUUCAGACCAACAUUAAUCACUGUCUCUUUGUAAUCAUAGUCUGUCCUCCUCACACACACAGACAGACACACUCACAGGUCUCAGUAGAUAACAGCUGGUUGAAGCUUUAAACAGUGUUUUUGUAUGAUUUUAAUUAAAAAAAUAGAGCAGGUCGCUCAGACAACGCAGGCCAGAACGGACAUGUUGUGAUAUUUUCAUUCUGGUGUCUGUGUUUUCAUCACAGCGGCAGCAGGAGGGAGACCCUGCUGAGGGGUAACUAUAGCCUCUUAGGGUGCCUUUGACCGCAGGAACUUUCUCCAGGAACUAGGGACCUUUUGAGGAAUCUACCCAUUGAAAAACCCUGCUCAGGGAAAAGUACUUUUAAAUGACCCAGGGACUUAAGGAGGCAGGACCUGACAACCUAAUUUACGUAUCAUUUACAUAUAAAAUCCUGGUAGCACACACCAACACACACAUAUUCAAACACAGGAGGAAAUACUGGAGAGAUUCUGGAUCAAAUCCUACAUAAGUUAAUGAUAUCUGAUCUGUAAAGAACUGUAUAUACAUGGAAUUGACCCUGUUAAUGAACAAUUUUUCAUCUCAGAGAUGCGUUUGGGUGUUUUACCAUUUUGGCAUUAUAAGCCGGUAUUUGAUUUACAUGCAGACACCAGCUGAACAGAGAGAAGGUUUAACAGGUAGAAGCACCAAAGGGCAAUGGCACAAGAGCAAACAUUUCCUGUAACCUGGUGUGAUUUAAAAACCAAUACAGCUUACCUUAGUCUUAAAGCAACUUAUGAGGCACAGCCUGUUAACACACAGCACGAACGCCAUAUACACACACACAGCGCUGUUCCGCCCUACCUGCUCCAAUGCAGGAAAAGAUUUUAAAAGAUUUUAACCUUUCUGAGUUAAAAUCUCAUUUUCUCCUCAGCUGCACAAACGUUCACGAACACUUUCCACUCAAAAUAACUCUAAAAACAAAAGUACAGAUGUUAAAAACUUCUUAAAAAAGUAGAAGUACAUGAAAAAGCUUUUCAAUUAUAGUGACAUAAUAUAGUUUGUCAGUCACACACAAAGGGACACCAAUAUGACACUGCUGGGAGUAUAAAGAGACAUAGGCAUGAAGUGACAGUAGAGUUUUGUUUGAUUUCCAUCAUGUCUGCGAGUCUUUGUGUCUUUUCCAGGGAAGCUUUAGCAGAUCACUUGAAGGUCUUACAGUCCUUAGAGUUCUGGUCAGCAGCCAAUCAGACACUUCAUCUAAUGAGGUUAAAAUGACAGUGUUUCCCUCAAUGUGACCCCACACUCUACAAGAGACUCUAACCUGGAACAUUUUCUGGAUCUCUGACACCAACUUGUAUAAAUGCAUCUGAAGUCAGUUUAAGGAAGUAGAUGACCUUUGCUCACAGAAUGAAUCAGAACAGCCUAAACAUCGUAAGUCAGUGUGUGUGUGUGUGUGUGUGUGUGUUGGCCUGUUUGUUUUGUGGAUUAAGACUCGAGUCGGGUGAGAGACUAAGUCCAGCACAAACAUGACAUCAGCGUGACCCGAGCUAAGAGCCGAGUCCGAAAACACAGUGAGAUCAGAGAGUUUAAACUGACACAACUUCCCGCGCAGACCAAACACUGACCCCAAAGAUCAACACGCAUGAUGGCAGCCAGAGGAGGGAGAAAGAGGAGAGUUUGAGCUCAUUUACUCAUUUUAUUUUGUUUUCAGUUUGGACACCGACCCCGGUAAGAGAAGCAUUCUGGUUUCUGUUUCUAGUCCUAGUAGUAGUGACCAAUCAGGUAUCAGCAGGCUUUGGUGUCAGCAAGACGAACAGUUUGUAUGGAGAGCAAAAACAGGUAGAACACAAUCCACUUUAAAAACAUCAAUCUCCCAUCGUUGGUAACCUGAGGAGGAUUUAUUUCUCUGUAUAAACAGAUAUCUGCAUGAAAGUCAGCUGAUAAUCUGUUCUAGAUCAAACAUUUACACUGAGACACUAACCUGCUUGAUGCUGAGUCGCUGAAGACAAUCAGUGUUUAGAUUUCAUGAAUAGACCUGACUUUGCCACUGAUUUUCAGACUAAUACAAACUUAUGAUGGAAUCAACAUUCCAUUUUUCUCACCAAAACUCUUCUUUUAACUUUAUUUCAAGAAAAAACUGGUAAAAUGUCAGUCCUCAGGUGUUUUUAUAUUUGUCAAACCUCAAGUGAUUUCAAAGUAUGUAGGCCACAGACUAUAUAAGAGCACUGGAUUUGUGAUAGCAGACAAACACAGCCCAUAGGUUAAACUUCAAGGACUAAGUAAGCUCAGAUGACACCUAGCAGAUAGCUAACAGCUCCUGCCUGUCACUCAAAGAAGCCACGCCCCCAAUUUUAGCUCAUUUAAAUCCUUGAUGUAAUGUCAAAUGUCGAUGUAAUGUACAGUCAUGAGCUUAGAAUCUUAAAAUGUUAUUUGUUCCAGGCUGUAAACAUGUUGAUUUGUACUAUAAAGUUAGACAUUUUAACAUGAGGAAACAUUGCCAUGGUUACUGACUCACCUCUAGAUAUUGCCUCUAGUGGGCACUGCAGGAACUGCAUUUCUUUGGCACUUGGGCAUUCAUUUUUUUCUCAAUAACAAGGCUGUUGCUCAGUUCGACAUAUGUGCUGUAAUUUUCCAGGAUAAAGGGGAGUGAUGGUCAUAGUGUGCUAUUGUUGGUGGCAGCUCAGCUAGCAGCUCCCUAAGCCCACAGGACAAUGUCAUUGCAAUUUUAACCAUGUCUAUCAUCUCCUGGAUUUCUCUUAGUCUAAUAUGAUGCAGCUAUAAAACAACAUGCAGUUUUUCCUUUGACUUGAGUUUUUCGGCUCUGAUGACUGAAACUGUGGACUUUAAGGGGGCUGCAGGGCUACAGCACAAUGCCAGGUUUUAUUCCAGUGGCUAUAAACGGGGUCAGGUUCUGCACAGCGCCUCAGGAAGGUUUGGAGCUGCAGGAAGUCGUUUUCUGUCGGCUGUCAUCAGACUUUACAAUCACUCGCUGUGUUUGAGAGCUGAGCUAACAUUCGACCAUUUAUAAACUGGCUGCUGUCGUCUGACUCAGACUGGUGGUGAAUUUAGUAUCAAUAAACUCUCUGCUAACAGGGUUGCAUGUUAAGGUUUCCAGCUUGAAUACAGACACUGUUUUUCUCUUGUUAUAAUCUGCACAGUACUUUACACUUUUUAUUGUAAAGGCUUGAUUAGAAAAGAAGAAGAAACAGUGUUCAAAAUCUCCUGAUUGUCAAAACAUCUCAAAAUGUUUCUUCUGAUCAAGUAUUCAGCUGUAUUCACUUCAACAUGUAAAAACAAUGCGAUAAAUAAUGAGUUGUCAUAUCAUAUAAGCUCUAAUGAUAAUGUGAAAGAUGUCAGGUAAAGGACAUGGGCUGAAAACACCUCUUCAGAUUUGGUUUACUGACAUUGCAGCAUCGUCUGUCGCCAACAGAAGAGCAGCUAAUGCUAACUUAAUGUAUAGUAUUUGAACUUAAGAUUUUAUCUCACCAAUAAUUAACUUAUGUCACAUUUUAUGUCAGUUUCUGUUUUUUUUAAACCUAAAAAUCUUUGACAAAAAUCUUUUACUGAAAAAAUAAAUGUCUUUUUAUCUUGAAGUUAUGAAAAACUACUUCAGCAUUUGAUCAUUUUGACAUACUAAUAUCGUACUUUCAGAAUAAGCACUUUGAUAACUAACUUAUAAAAUCAUUACUUUUUUCAAAAUAAUGGCCUCAUCAUAUAUUCUAGACUACAACAGUAUAUUUUUUCUUGUUAAACAUUUUAUUCUUAUAAUUUUAACUUUUUUUUUCAUAAUUAUUACUUAUAUCUCAUAAAAUGUGUUCUAAUUCCAGUAGUUUAACCAUCAUCUCAAGGUUAUAGUUUCCUUUUUUUUUCAAAAUUAAUACUUUAUUCCAAAUGUAUAAUUUCACGUCAUAAUUCAUUUUUACUCUCGAUGUUAAAUUUGACUUUUUAUCUCAUAACAAUGACUUUUUAUCAAAAAUAUGUCUUUAUUAUCUUAUUAUUUAUACAUUUGUAUAAAUACAACUGAUUUUGACAUUUAAAUUUUGACAAUUUUAACAUCUUAAUCAUGACUUUGACUCUAUGACUUUUCCUCUUCACUAUCUUGUGUGUUAAUCUGUCGUAUCAUGUCACAUGUGUUUCUAUAAACUUCCCUCAUCUCUGAUAAGAUACUGGCUCUUUGAAAAAGUUCCUGCUCCCUGAUUUUUGGAUUGUUAAAGAGUUUAAUUUUAGGGUUAAAUGCAGAGCUCUUUAAAAGGGAAAGCAGAGUUCAGUUAGAUAAUGACUUUUCCAUUACAUAAUGUUUUCAAAUCAGUGUGUGGGUGCAUGCGUGUGCCUGCAUGUGUGUGUGAGGACAGAUUUGAGGAGCUGCAGACAUGACCGCUUUAAACAAUGGGGCAGAAAUCCAAACACAGCAGCCUGUUGAUUCCAGUUUAAGCUGUGUGUCACUCUGAAUGUUUGAUAAUGGCCGAAGCUGAAGGCCUUAAAGAGUCUACACACAUGAUGGACAGAAGCGUUAUUGAAAACUAGAGGGAAUAUAUUUGACUGCAGGGAUGGAUGCUUUUCACAGACUCUUUCUUGGACCUUAUCUGAAUAAGUAUUUCCAGUUCACAAGGAAAAGAGAUAUCAGAAAUAGGUGCUUUAGCAUGCAAGCUAAAGCAUAUUUUCUGCAAUGUGGAGAGAUGCUAUUUACCUUUCAAGUCAAAAAUGUCCAAAACCAGACUUCAGUUUUGUUACAGGUUCUAUUAUAAUCCUCUUAAUGCUAAAACCUGUACAAUAUUAGCAGUUAAUCUGUAAUAAACCAAAAUAAGGCAAUUCUGCAUGAGCUGAGGUUAACAUGUCAUUCAGACCUUACAGUUUUAUCAUAGUACAUCAUAGUUUUAAAAAGCUGCAGCUGACUAAAUUGAUUUGUUGCAACAUCUGUAUCUAAAGCAGACUCUCUUUCUUUUCAGCUCUCGUGAGAAAGGUUUCUGUCAGCCGUACAGAGGCAUUGCCUGCGCCCGCUUCAUCGGCAACCAGAGCAUCUAUGUGGAGUCUCUGCAGAUGCAGGGCGAGAGUGAGAACCGCAUCACAGGUAAGAACACACACAGGGUCUUUAUCAAUACACAGCCUGGUGUAAAUUAGGCAGGACUACUUUAAUCAUAGAGAAUUCAUUAUUUGCUCAUAGUAAGCUAUAUUUGAAAGUAUGACUGUUCUGAGAACUCCCUGCCUUUCCAUGUGCAUAUAUGGAGAGGGAGAGCACUCCUAUCCAUUUGUCGAGAGAUAUUAGUAUUUUUUCCCAUGGUUUUUGAGAAAAACCUCACAUAAAGCUCCACACGCUGUAAAGGAUUCUACGACACGUGAAGUGCCAAAGCCCAAGUCUGGGAAAGCACACCUCUCCUCUGUUUCUUUGUAUGUAUGAAAAACCAAGGCGGGGAGAGCAGCAGCAAAGACUCCUGGGGCAGAUGAUGGGUGGCUAAUUGUACUUGAGUGUGGAUUCCCAAAGUCUGGGGCAGGAGGAGAACCCCUACCCAAUGUUUUAUGUGCAGACCUGAAAAGCCCAGGCAGGGAGAGCUUCAGCAAAGACUCCCAGGGUACAGAUCAGAGAAGGGAUCAGUGUUAAUCCAUAAAAUCAGGGUUGGGGUGGAGGUAGGUUGCCAAGCGAUUUUCAGAGGAGGCAGGAAGAGCAGGAAAGAUAAAGCAGCGCAAAUAGAAAGCACUGCCUGAACUAAUACUCAGUUUGGGUUUUUAUUUAUGUGUCUUCUUUUUCCUUCUGCAAGCUGCGUUCACCAUGAUCGGCACCUCCACCCACUUGUCGGAUCAGUGCUCCCGGUUCGCCAUCCCGUCCUUCUGUUACUACGUCUUCCCUCUGUGUGACGAAGGCUCCAGAGGACCUCGAAUGCGUCAGCUGUGUAGAGAUGAGUGCGAGGCUUUAGAGAACGACCUGUGUCAAGCUGAGUACACCAUCGCCAGAUCCAACCCCAUGAUCCUCAUGCAGCUGGAGCUCCCAAACUGCCACCUGCUGCCACGACCAGGAACAAGCGAAGCUGCUUCCUGUAUGAGGAUUGGAGUGCCGCAGGACAAACUGGGACCAUGUAGGUUUGACAUUCAAGUGUUAAGAGGUGGUUUUCUAGUGCUUUGAUUUAAAUCAGUGCUCCAAUCAUGCAAACUUUGGUUCAAAGUAUCAAAUAGGUUCAAAAAGUUGUUUAAACCUAUAGGAGCUGCUACCUCUAGAUUAAGUUACAGAUCAAAUACAUGUACACUCUGCAUUUAGCAUACUACAAGCAAAAUUUUGUCUCUUAUUUGUCAGUGAAAAGUUGGUAUUUCUCUCUGCUCCACAGACUCCCCCUCAGAUCACAGCUGUUAUAACGGGAGCGGCGCAGACUACAGGGGAACGGUCAGCGUCACCAAGUCCGGCCAUCACUGCCAGCCGUGGAGUGCUCAGUACCCCCACAGCCACCACAUGACCCAAGAACACCCUGAGCUGUGGGGGAGUCACAACUUCUGUCGAAACCCAGGAGGACAGAUGGAGGCCCCCUGGUGCUUCACCCUGGACAGUCAGGUCAGGGUGGACCUGUGUGACAUCCAGCCUUGCAGUGAGUAUCAGAAAUGACUGGAAUGACUGUGAUUUACCAGUAAGACCAAGAUCAUCAGCAUCCUGUUUGUCUAACAGAUGAGUAUUUGCUUCAAGGGGCCAUUUUUGGGGAAACAGUGUGACUAAAACACAAAAUCAGAGGGAAAUGAUCAGGACAAAAUCUUAGUUGCAAUCAUUCUGACUGAAAAAUGUGGUGAGGCUGAAGAGACAAAGAAUGUUUGCAAUCUAAUGAGACACUUGUUCAUGUCAUCAGAGAUAAAUCCUCAUCAGAAUCUGAUUGAAACACUUUGCGAUGCCUGGAGUCUGAAGUGAAUUCUGUCAGAUCAUCCAACGUGGUUAAAAAAAGACCAAAGCCUAUUUUGGCAGUCGAACUUGUUCACGCCUAUGUGUGAGUUAACAGGGUUUAACAUCUACCUGCAAAGAUUGUCAAACAAGUGUCCUUUAAGGCUUCAGAGCAGAGCUACGAGACAGACCAAUGAAAGCUGCUGCGCCUCACAUUGAUGUGACAGUUCAGGGUACUUUUAAUCCAACAGGGACGCAGAAAUCAGUUCAAGUACCUGCUUUUUGAGAGCCUCUGCGUGGACAUAUACUUCCAAAAUUAGAGCACCAUCAACACAGAUAAGGUCUUUUCAUUUAAUUUUGUAAAAAUGCACAAAAUCCAUCAUUAAAGGAAAAAUUUUCCUCCUAAAUUAUCCAACAACUAAGAAAUGGAUUAUUUAUUGUGGACGGGUAAUUAUGGAAAUCAAAACCUCAAUCGUCUAAGACUGAAAGGGAAUCUAAUUUCCAUAACUACCCUUUCACCCUCCUAUUACACAGCUAUCAGCUCAUCAGUACAUAGACUCAAAUUGUUGAUUUCAAGUUUUACAACAGAAAAUAUACAGAAAAAGUCCCUAUGAUUCUGCAGAUGAUGGUGUUAUCAUUGGUUAAGGAUUCUCCUCCUUGCAGAUCAAACAUCAAACGGUCUAAUUAGCAACAUCAGAUGAACAAUCAUUUCCACGAAGGGAGACAUUCCACAAGAUGAACUCGAACAUUUGGCUCCUUUUGCAUUUUCAACAUUCACACUAAACAUUUCUAGUUUUGUUAUAGAUGACAUGAACCGGUCGUGUACAAAACCUAAGCUCUGAAGAGUUGUGAUGUUGAUACAUCCUUAAAAAAAUGAGGCAAGAGUCACAUCUUUGUGUCAUCAAGCAGAACAGAAGUCAAAUGUUGCAUGUUUGGCUUGCUAGUUUCCCAUGUUGCUCUUAUUAUGCAGAGUUGAUUACUGUCAGGGGUUUUGGCCAAUCAGAAUUGUGUGUUUAAAGAAAAGGAAUAAAGUGAGGUAAUAAUUAAUUUAAGUCUACAUAUAGCUCCAAUACUUAAAAGUUGCUCUCUUAAGACACUUGGGUAAUGUUGCAAAGGAGAUGAAUUAUAAGUGACAAAUAAACUAAAUGUGUGCAUGCCCAGAGCUGCAGAAAUUUUCACACAAACAGCCAACCCCAGCAACAGAUUUUCCCACAGCACUGUAGGGAGUUUACAGGUUAUUUGUGUCGAAAUUUGGACCUUUGAUUAAACCAAACACAGCGGCAGUGCCUUUACAUCUCCUCUCCUGACAUACAGUGUGAACUGAAGUAUCUCAUUACCUCUGUGGGUAUACUAAACCACAGCCAACUGUGAUAUAUGGCCAUCUUUUGACAUCAUGUAUGAACCAGCAGAGUUUAGAGUUACUGCUUGGCUGUGUUUAGAUGUCAUCUUGAGUUAAAAAUUGCUGGUGUGAACAACAGAUGCUGGAUCAGUUCGGGAGAUUUAUUCAGUCUUUGUCACUUCAUGAAUGUGUGGGAGAGACUUUUGACACCAUGUUUAAUGAUGAUGAGACUGGAGAAGAGCUGAAAUUAAAGAGUUUGUACCUACACAUAUGUUUAUUUUGUGCAGAGCUUCCCUGUGAUUAAUCUUUCAGCACUGCAAAAAGAAGGUUGUGAUCUAUAAGCUGUAAACUGUGCAGUUUCUUCAGAUGUGUAUUUAUGCAGGAGGUUUUUUGAAGUGCUGUAGAAGCUGUUGGCCGGCCCCGCAGUCUUCACAUGUCCUUGUUGUUGAAGGCCUUGGACAGUUUUCUUUGUAGGGUCGGCCACAGGGUCCAAUCAAACUGCAGGCCGAGUUUUCAGCAGACACUUCUGGGACGUUUCGAAGGUCAACAGAAACUCCACUUCUGGAAUUCAGAAACUUUCCUCUCGCUCAAUUGGCUCACAAACUGAGCUCUCUUAUCCCUCAGCUCUCUAAAAAAGGUGCUGCUGAUAUCUUUCAAGGCCCUCUGCUGCGCUGCCAAAACACUCAGGCCCACAUCCAGUAACCUCUCUUGGCCCGAGGACUUGGCCCUGACCCUCAUUUCUGUGCACUUUGGAGAGUUGUGGUCAUUCAGCCCUCAGGACAAGAGAGGUGAAGGCAGAUUCAUUGGUUAGUGAAGCAGAAGCAGCAAAGCCUUAGAAAGAAAAUCAGUGGAGCAGUCUAGAUCAGUGUUUCCACAGAGUGGUUUGGUACAGGGCGGCAUGGCAUGGCACAGUAUGCAAUUAUUUGUGUGUUUUUAGUAAAAAGUUGGGAAGGUACUUAAUGACCAUCCAAUCCUUUUGGCGCCCUUCUGUUGGGGCACCAAGUGUACUAAUCCAACCUUUCAGGGUGGAGCUAGACACACUGUAAUCUGUGGAAUGAAAAGAAAGGGGAGGGAAGGGUUAACUCAUGUUACAACAGUUAAUUUCUUGCUCAUGUCCAGGAUCAGGUCACAGGGGCAGUAGUCUGAACAAUUCAACCUAGACCUCCAUCUGCCCAGCUACAUUUUCUAGUUCCUGAAGGCAUUCCCAGGCCAGAUGGGCUGUGUAAUCCCUUCAAUGAACUCUGGGUCUCCAUCAUUGUGAAAAUAACCCACUCUAUAUGGAUGCCAUAUCAUAUCUAUGAGUAUGGAAAAACAUGUGAGUUUAUGGGAGAGGGGAAGGGUUUCCUUCGUGCCAUUUCAGUCAGUUUUCAUCAAGCAUGGUGGAGGUUGAGGUUUUCAUCUCUCUUGAAUAAGUAAAUGGAGUACCACAUUGAACACAUUGCAAAUUUGCAUCAUUCAUGCACACUUGCUGUGUUUGCACAAUUCACAUCAUGUCAUUUACAUGAUUUGCAUUGCUCAACAAUAACUGGUGUCUGCCUCUGAAAUGAUUUUACUCAUCUCCCAGCCGGUGGUACCCACAGCACCUCCAAAGAGCGUCACCCAGGAGGCAUCCUUAUCACAUACCUGAACCACAUUGGCUGAGUCAUUUUGAUGCUUAGAAGCAGGAUGAUAUUAUUCAGUCAAUACGGUCCCGUUUUAGAGACCAGAAAGCAGGGGAGGACUUACUAUAUAGUGGUGCUAACCUUGGUUGCUAUAACGACCUGAUGAUCUCCAACUUGUUAUAACAAUAACAAAGUUUAACAUGAUUCUUUUUCUGUUGUCUUUGCAGAACCUCCAGACAAUCCCCGGAAGGAGAUCCUGUUCAUCCUGAUCCCUGCGAUCGCCAUCCCCUUGGUCAUUGCCUGCCUCUUCUUCCUGGUUUGCAUGUGUCGCAACAAACAAAAGGAGUCGCUAGACUCACUGCCUCGCUGCCAGCUCAGCGGCUCACCCAACCAGGACAUGGAGUUGUCUCUGCUCAGUCAACAGAAACACCAGGUAACAUACAAACAGAGUACUAAGAGACAUAGAGCUGUUUCAUUUACACUCUGUGACAUACAGACUAAUCAAGGCAGCAAUAGCCCAGCGACCUAAGUUCUGAGCAAUUUGUCUUUGUGGAGUGUGAUCAAACAGCUCUUUCUGGUUAAAAAUAAAAAAAGUAAUCUUUUUUAAAAGCUCUCUCUAUGUAAGAAUGUUUUUGUAAUGCUGUCAGACUCUUACAAAUAACAAUCUGGGCCAGUUAGGGACAAAAACAAGGAAUUUAAGUAAAGACACUUUGAUCCAUCAAGAAUAACAUUAUAGAUCUGCAUCAUACCAGAUCUUGUCGACUAGUUUCCAUUUGUGAUUCUAAAGCAGGUUGAUUCGACCAUGAUAUAUCUUAGUCCAAGUGAAGAAAUAUAAUUUCAACAUGCACUUAAUACAGAUGCUGGGGUUUUUAAUGCGGUGCUGAGUGUAGACUUAACACUCAAUGCAGAGGAGAAAGUGACCUCCAUACACCUGAUUUCAGAACUGUUGCAUUCCUGUGCUCAAGUUUUACAUUGACUUUUACUGUUGGCCGUACACUUUGAUGAUAUAUCUGUAUUUACUGCUUUCUGCCUGCAGGGAAAGCUGCGGGAGAUUAAUAUGUCAGCUGUGCGGUUUAUGGAGGAACUGGGCGAGGACCGUUUUGGCAAGGUUUACAAGGGCCACCUGUAUGGCACCGCACCUGGAGAGCAGGGCCAGGUGGUUGCCAUCAAGACAUUGAAGGACAAAGUUGACUCCACUCUGUGCGAGGAGUUCAAACAUGAAGCCAUGGUCCGUGUCCACCUGCAGCACCAGAAUAUCGUUUGUCUGCUAGGUGUGGUAACCAAAGAGCAUCCAAUGAGCAUGUUAUUCACCUACUCCAGCCUUGGAGAUCUGCAUGAGUAUCUGGUAAUGCGCUCCCCCAACUCAGAUGUGGGCAGCUCUGAUGAUGACAAGACAGUGAAAUCCACUCUUGAGCAGGCAGAUUUCCUUCAUGUUAUCACUCAGAUCGCUGCAGGGAUGGAAUACCUCUCCAGCCAGCAAGUCGUCCAUAAAGACCUUGCUGCCAGAAACAUCCUGGUCUUUGACAAACUCAGCAUCAAGAUCAUUGAUCUUGGGCUGUUCAGAGAAGUGUAUUCGGCUGACUACUAUAAUCUCAUGGGAACAAGCCCUUUCCCAAUUCGAUGGAUGUCCCCAGAGGCAAUCAUGUAUGGAAAAUUCUCAACUGACUCUGACAUUUGGUCUUACGGUGUCCUUCUGUGGGAGACUUUCAGCUACGGUCUGCAGCCAUACUGUGGAUACUCCAACCAGGAUGUGAUUGAGAUGGUCCAAAGCCACCAGCUACUUUCUUCUCCAGAUGACUGCCCUGCCUGGAUUUACACUCUCAUGCUGGAGUGUUGGAGUGAGUUCCCAGCAAGAAGGCCUCGUUUCAAAGACAUCCACACUCGUCUGCGGUCCUGGGAGAGUCUGUCCAACUACAACAGCUCUGCCCAGACUUCAGGCACUAGCAACACCACCCAGACCAGCUCCCUCAGCACCAGUCCUGUCAGCAAUGUCAGCAUAAGCACAGCCAAUGCAUCACGCUACACCAGCCCGAAGAAGACCUCCCCGUUCCAUCAGCCCCAGUUCAUGCCUAUGAAGGGACAAAUGCAUCGGUCGAUGGUACCACCACAGCUUUACAUCCCUGUGAAUGGUUAUCACCCCAUGCCAGCCUAUCCAUACCUGCAGAACUUUUACCCUAUGCAGAUACCCAUGCCUAUGCCCCAGCAGCAGAUGCACCACCCAUCACAGGUGGUUCCUAAAGCUGGUUCUCACCACAGCGGCAGUGGAUCCACAUCCACAGGGUAUGUCACCACUGCCCCCUCCAAUACUUCAGCCACAGAGCGAGCGGCUUUGCUAAAUGAGGACUCCAAGGCCAAUGAGGAUCAUUUGGCAGAUAGGGUGUCUCCAGAGGAGUUAGAUCAAAACAAGGACUUGUCAGUGCCUGAAACAGAGCUUCUAGGUGACAAUGAUCCUCUACAGACUGACGAACUGGUGAUCCACCUAUCAGACACAUAAAGGUGGUGUCUGAAGGACAAUAGAGCUGAAGCAAUCUGUGAGCCGUGCUAGUCAGAACUUCAAUAAGCAGCAUCAAGUGAAGUGAGCAAACAUGUAGAGCAGUGACUGAAUGUUUUUGUACAACUGUCUUUGAUAGUACUGACCCCAUUGAAUGUCAAGUGUGUCUCAUGUUUGUACCUCUUUAUCUCCUGUGCCAAUCAGUGAGCAAAAGUAACCACACAAUCCUUUGGAGAGGCUUUUGAUGCAGUCCAAAAACCUUCAAGUUGUUGACAUUGCUGUGUUAACAGAGGUUGUGAUGUACACGGCACUAGGAGCCACCCCCCAAGGCCUUCCAAUGGUAGCAAAUAAGGUUAGAUUUAUGCCCUCAACAACUGAACCUCUAAACUCUGGAUUACACACACAACAUUGGAGAACCAAGAACUGCAACCAGAACCCAUAAGCAAGCUAUCAGUGGUGCUGUGUUGAGCAUUUUGCUUGUUCACAGAUUGUGCCUAAAAUGGCAUUGUCCACAGACUGAUGAAUGAUUCAUUUUUUGGACACAUCAAGUGUGGUUUUGUUUAGAGACAGUGCAGCUUUUAUACCUGAAGUGCCGUGAGCAGCAACUGAAUGUUUUUAUAUGAGUUUCUCAUGUUUGUACCUGUCUGACUCCUGUGUCAAUGGAUAAGCAAAAGUAAUCAUACAGAUCUUUUUAUUCUGAUGCCAUUAGGACAAUUUUCUGUCCUUGCCUUAGCCUUGCAACAGAAAAUAUUUUCUUAUCCAUCAGAACUUCAAAGAGUUUUGGAUUUGCCAAUGCACACAGUGUAUAUUCUUUCCUCUUGCCUCACUAAUGGAUUUGUACCAUCCUUACAACUUUGGAUACCACAUCCCUUAACCAAAUACACAACUGGCUAUGCUACCAGAACCAAGUUCUAACUAUGAUGGACAAGUGGUUAGCUCAAUUGCAAUUUGUGCAAUCUUCAGAGAACCAUUUAAAGGUACAGUGUGUAGAAGUACGAUUUCACAAUAUCUGCCCCCUUGCUAAACCUUUCUGUUGGUGAAGUGAUGGUGGCCUUCAAGGACAAGAAGUGCCUGUAAUGCAUGAUAAGCAUGAUUCUCUGUCAGUCAGUUAUUUGCCCAUCAAAAACAUCAGUCUUUUGCACUCAACAUAACCACUCUCUUCCACUUCACCUAACCAAUGCGUUUUUUGCAGACAUACACUAAGUACGAACGUGUAUGUAGAAGUGGACCCACCCCAGUUACGAUUUUAAAGGCUCAUUUAAGGUUAACAAAAACAAACCUAUUUUUAUCUUCACAAUUCCACACUACUUUAAACAUAUAUUGAACAUUCCACGUCUCUGAUAAAUGCCACACACUGUACCUUUAAAGUUGUUUUAAAGGUUACUUUUUGGUUUUUGAAAGCAAUAAGCCUAGAACAAUAGAACAUUUGUAAAGGAUAAAAAAUAACUUUUUUUAAGAAGUCGAUGUUUUAGUUUGUUAAAACUUAUACUCACUAAGAUUUAUUUUGGAACAGGAUGUGAGACUGCUUUCUACCACAUUAAUAAUUGUAACAACUUUAAUAACCAAGUUGUACAGAUGUGUAUUUAUGUACUUUGGUUUAUACAUUUUCAUAUGUUUAUAAUUUGUCUUCAUUGUGUUAAUACUGUGUCCUUUCAUCACAUGUGCUUUUAUAAGCAGAUUUUUGCUCAUGAUAUGUCCGUGUAAAGUCAUAUAAAUAAAAUGGGGAAUAACCCCUCAGUAACAGAA